AUGGAUAUGCGACUUGAAGGACUUAUGCUUCAAGUUCGAUUUCCCUACAUUUCCUCAGAGGUUCCCAUCCUGCAAAGACUUAUAUUUGCAAGCAAGAGAAAGGAGACGAAGACUUGAAUGCAGAGAGAACGACCUUUUCCCUUUACUGAUCAGAAAUAGGACCCGACCUUCAUGUUGGUUUCUGUUUCCCUCACUGAGCAGCAGCUGGUAGUCACAAGACUAUGUUUUCAUUCCACAGUCCAGAUACUGUUGGAUUCCCACGGGAAAGGGAGACGGGAUGUGACGUUUACUGGUUUCCUGUUUUUUUUGUACUGUCGUUUCUUUGUUGGAGUUGGUCUCUGCUUCCCACAGAGACAAGAUGUAUAUUUGUAUGCUCUCAGCAUAGCUUAGAAAUAAAGCAUAGAAGAAGAGUUUUGGAUUUGAUAUCCCGCCUUUCACUUCCCUUCAGGAGUCUCAAAGCGGCUAACAUUCUCCUUUCCCUUCCUCCCCCACAACAAACACUCUGUGAGGUGAGUGAGGCUGAGAGACUUCAAAGAAGUGUGACUGGCCCAAGGUCACCCAGCAGCUGCAUGUGGAGGAGCGGAGACGCGAACCCGGUUCCCCAGAUUACGAGACUACCGCUCUUAACCACUACACCACACUGGCCCUCAAUGUAGCAAUGUGCUACUAGCAAUGUAGCACCAUACCUGCCUCAACCUUUCGUUGCGGACACUGGAUGUAUACUCUGCUGGGCUCGAUCCAAGAUGAGCCGUAUCUGCUCAAGAUGGGCCGGAGCUGAAUUUAACUGACACUUCAUAUCUGUUUGGAAUAGAGCCCCUGAGUGGGACUUCUCCACCUUUGAGUACAUGCCCAGAAUUUCUCAUGCGACAAAGAACAUUUUAUCUGUGGUCACACUAUCAUGUAAAUCCAUUGCAUAAUCAGUAUAUUCUCAAAAUAAAACCGUGUUGUGGUUUUCUCUCACUACGGUGGUGUUUGAAAUACCCUUCAAGCACACAUUUUUAUUUUCAGCCUCCCAAAUGCCAAGGCUAUUACUCCAUCUCAGCAAAAAGAUACAAGCUGGAUAUUUCUGUUGUCAUCCGUUUUGGUCAUAGAAUCACAGAACUGCCGAGCUGGAAAGGACACGGGGGGUCAUCUUGUCCAAAUUCUGGAAUCUCAACAUAUGGGUCCCCCAUCCAAUUUGAAACCAUAGUAGAUGUUGCUUCGCUUUGCAAAUAUGUUAACAGGUUUGGGUUUUUUUAAAUCAAAGCCAGCAUUGAACCAUCAUGGAUGCAUGAUGGUGUUUGUUGAAUUCAGCAGUGCUAAAAUAACAAUAAUUAAUAUGUGAUAGGAUUUGGGGCAGUCCAGUGCACAGAUCUCUAAACAUGUUUCUAAUUUGCAUUUCCAGUGUGAGGCAUAAAGGAUAUUUUGCAUGAAGGCAUAUGGAGCAUAAAUAAUAAUAAUAAUAAUAAUAAUAAUUAUUAUUCUUAUUAUUAUUAUAUUUAUUUAUACCCCACCUUCCCCCCCCAACAGAGACACAAGGCAGCUUAUAGAUAAAAUGUUGUUGUUUGUUGUUUAGUCGUUUAGCCGUGUCCGACUCUUUGUGACCCCAUGGACCAGAGCACGCCAGGCACUUCUGUCUUCCACUGCCUCCCGCAAUUUGGUCAGACUCAUGUUUGUAGCUUCGAGAACACUGUCCAACCAUCUCGUCCUCUGCCGUCCCCUUCUCCUUGUGCCCUCUAUCUUUCCCAACAUCAGGGUCUUUUCCAGGGAGUCUUCUCUUCUCAUGAGGUGGCCAAAGUACUGGAGCCUCAGCUUCACAAUCUGUCCUUCGAGUGAGCACUCAGGGCUGAUUUCCUUAAGAAUGGAGAGGUUUGAUCUUCUUGCAGUCCAUGGGACUCUCAAGAGUCUCCUCCAGCACCAUAAUUCAAAAGCAUCAUGGUAAAAUAGAUAAAAUAGAUAAAAUAUUUUUAUCUAUUUUAUUUAUAGAUUUUAUUUAUAGAUUUUAUCUAUUUUAUUUAUAGAUAAAAUAGGAACAGCUAAAAACAUAGACAAAAAUCUUUUUUUUUUAAAUUAAACAUUAAUAGCAUAUAUCAUCUAUUGAAAACUUACAGGUAAUUACAAUUUAAAAAUGGAUUUUCAGAUUGAGGCUCCAACAUACCAAAGUUUGCGGAUGUCGAUCUUUGAGUAGUUUGGACAGAAAUAUGAGGUGUUACAAUAGUGAUUGGAUUUGAUCCACAGUAAGUUACUUGCAUUUAGUUUCUACUGAAAUCAGUGGGACUUAAAUUCAACCGACAGCUUAAUCCUAUACAUGCUUUCUCAGAAGAAGACAGCUCUCUGACCCAUCAGUAACAGUGGUUAGGCUUAUGGAAACCAAAGACGAGGUCUGUUUAAGUGGUGGUCCUAUACUUAUGGAAUAUGCUCCCCUACGGAUGUGGGUGGACAACCAAACCCGGACAAUGGGUUGAAAACUUAAUUUCCCCACUCCACACAGACCAACUUUAUAGGGAUCACUCGCCUUUCCUAAUACUGUAAUGACAUCAAGUAAUUAAAAGCAUAGCUGUUAACGUUUCCCCUUUUUUAAGGGAAAUUCCCUUAUUCCCUGAAUAGGAUUCCUCGCAAGAAAAGGGAAAAGUUGACAGCUAUGAUUAAAAGGUGUCAAGAGUUCAAAAGGGGUCACUGAACCUAUCAGUGGUUAUAGCAAUAGCCUUUAAAAUGAGCUCAUUGGUGCUUUGCAAGGGAUUUGCUGUAACUGCUAAAUUCAUUGGAGAUCCCAGAAAGCCCUUUGAAGUCUGCUUAGAGAGCCAACCUGUAGACAUCCUGUUUUGCCUCAGCAAAGAAAGCGCUGUUUGGAGAACGCAGUUUGGAUCCAAACUGCUUCCUGCAGAAGGAGAAAAGGGAAAGCACACCCCCUCAGCAGUGGGGCUUCUUGCCAGUGACGAUCACUUUAGGUUUCUGAUUUUAAUAAAAAGUACGGUAAAAUACCUGUGUAGGGCAGGUAGGCAUGGUUUAGUCAAUAACAGUCAAAUGGGGGGACCCAUUUUGGGCCUAAUUGAUAUUGAGGGCCAGAGGCGCUCUUCCAUCACUCUGAUAUUUUUUUUUAACUCAUAUCAGCUUUUAAUUAGAUCCACAUUUCAUCCAUUUUUAUCCCAUGUGCCUUCACUGCCCCCUCCCUAUUUUAAAGGGGGCUAAUUUUUGCCUUAAAUUGCUUCUGCAUGGCUUUUGCAGGCUGCCUUAUGAUGUUUGCCCUAAUUAUAUAAACCUUAUAAUGCAAUUUACACGUGUGUGUGUGUAUUUUUUUAUUAAAAUUUGUUUUACAAUUUCAAAUAAACAUUGUACAUACUUAAAAUAUCAGUGACUCCCCUUCUUCUCUUUCCAUGGUUCAUUUUGCAUAUCUUAUAGCUCUGCAUAUUUUACAACAACUAUACCAGUUUUUCAUUACUACAUCCGUCACAGAUUACCGUAUUUACACUGUUGAAUUUAUCUUAAUGCUGCCAGCGUUUUCAGCUGUAGUUAUUUUCCUUAUACUCAAUAAACAUUUCCCAAUCUUCUUUAAACGUAUUGUUCUUCUGGUUCUCUUAUUCUAUAUGUUAAGUCUGCAGGUUGUGCAUAUUCUGCAAACUUAAGUUGCCAAUCUUCUUUCAUUGGGACCUCACUCUUUUUCCAUUUGGGGGCUAACAAAGGAGGGACCGCAGUUGUUGCAUAUAUAAAUAAUCUUUUCUCACACCUGGGGAUUUCAGUCUGGGUUAUCCCCAACAGAAAGGACUCUGGGGUUUUGCUUUUUUGGCAAAGUAAUUUUAAACCUUUUUUCCAAUUCAUUAUAAAUAAUUUCCCAAUCCUCCUUUACAUGUCCAUCACGUAUGAAAGAACAUUCCCUCCAGCUCUUUACACUUCCAGCACCUGUCUGAUUUUGCCUUGGAAAUCUUAGCAAGCCCACUCGGAGUUAGAGACCACCUGUGAAUCACUUUCAGAUAGUUCUCCUUCAAAGAACAUCAUGCUGUAGAUUUCAAGUCGCUUCCCCAAAGUUUCUCCCAAAGGUGAAAAAUCUCUCUUGUGUCCUAUACAGUAAUGCAAUUUGCUUCUGAGACAGGGAACCCUGGACGAGAGAAACAGGCAAAAGACAGGGUGGAAGGUCAGACUAGAAACCGACUUUUUACACCCAGCCAUAGCUGUCAACCGUCCCUUACAGUGGUGCCUCGCAAGACGAAAUUAAUCCGUUCCGCGAGAGUCUUCGUCUAGCGGUUUUUUCGUCUUGCGAAGCAAGCCCAUUGACGGAUUAGCGCUAUUAGCGCUAUUAGCGGUUUAGCGGCUAUUAAAGGCUUAAAGGCUUAGGGGAUUAGCUGCUAAAAGGCUAUUAAAGGCUAUUAAAGGCUUAGCAGAUUAGAUAAAGGGGAAAAGCGAAAAAAACCUCAAGACUCAUAAGGUAUUUUCGUCUUGCGAAGCAAGCCCAUAGGGGAAUUCGUCCUGCGAAGCAACUUCAAAACGGAAAACCCUUUCGUCUAGCGGUUUUUCCGUCUUGCGAGGCAUUCGUCUUGCGGGGCACCACUGUAUUUGGUGGGAAACUCCCUUAUCCCAGCGCCGUGUCCCGCUGCUGUCCCUUAUUGAUGAUGUCCCUUAAAUUUAUCGGGUUUCAUGCUUGCCCGGCUCGGGAGGGAAGCAGCGGCUCAGGGUCCUCCGCCGCGAGAGAGAGCGCGCGCACAAGCUGCCGCAUUUCCAUCUCUCCCUUUUCCCCCUCAGGGGCACGUUGUGAGGAGACGGGUGGCGACGGGCGGGCAGGCAACCACUCUCUUGCGAGACUUCCGCCGCGCUGCCAGGGGAAGCCAGAGGCGGCAGCGGCGGCUGAAGAGGCGGCCUGAGGGAGGAGGAAGAGGAGGGGAUGGGGACGGACGCAGAAUAGCGGCGCUUCAGCAGCCGCCACCGUGCCGCAACCGCCUCAUGCCGGGCUCGCGGGCAGCGUGGGCAAGAGUCUCCCUCCCUCCACCCCUCUCUCGGGCGGGGAAGGGCCGAUGGAACUCCUCGCGCCAGGACGACGGCAGCCCCGACGUGCUGCUUAGCAUCCCCUCCAACCAGUGCAGCAUCUUAAUGUAUGAUUUCCCCCUCUGCAUCCCUUUCAUAACUCUAUUUUAAUAAAUCAUUCGUCCAUCCAUCCUUCAAAUUUUUACGACAAGUUUUCUGUCAAUCCUACCAAUGUAUGUAACACUUUGCAAUAGCUUUUCAACUAAUUUAUAAACUUUCCCCAUUCUUUAUUAAAGAGGUCCUCUUCCUGGUUUCUAAUUCUGCCUGUAAGCUUUGCCAUCACGACGUCGUUCAUCAGUUUUGUCUGCCACUCUUCUUUGGUGGGAGUUGUAGACCCUUAGGAUCAUCUAGUCCAACCCCCUGCAAAACACAGUCAGGGGCAGCCAAAGCAGCAUGGCUCCAUCAGUGGUGAAUUUCUGCAUAAGCUAAGCCAAAAUCCCUUAUUUUGGCUGCUGAUCCCUUAUUUUCGAGGCUGCUGGUCCCUUAUUUUCAAAUCUGCAAGGUUUUUUUUUUACACAAAAUCACAAUCUAUUAAUUAAAAUAUAUUUUUAAUUAAUAUAAUUAAAAUAUAUUUUAAAAUCAAUUCCUUCUAAACUCAAUUUUCUCAAUCAAGAAGCUUGCUCUCCUUCCAGGAAAGUCAUAGAAUCAUAGAGUUGGAAGAGACCACAAGGGCCAUCGAGACCAACCAUCGAGACCAGCUGGGGCUGACAGCUACGCACCCAGCUCCCAGGCGGAGAAGCGUCGGCGGAACUGGGGAAAGCUUCAUAUUCGCUUUCGCUUUCGCCGAAAGGAAACACGCUGCCUGCGAGGAAGCGCCCCUUUCCCCGAAAUGACGUCGCGGGGGCGGGGCUGGCCCGCGGCUUGCGCUUCUUCUGCUCCCACCCGCGCGCGCCUUCGCAGGAUGGCUGGCUUGGCUGAUGCGCAGCAGCUGAGCGGCGGCAGCUCCCGCUUUGGCCCGGCAAGCGCGCCUUAAAGCAGCGAGGGGCGCCGCGCACCGCCUUGCCCGGGGGGCCGCCGGGUUACUUCCAGCCCAGGAAGAAAGGAAGGAGAGGCGCGUCUUUUUGCAUCAACGUAUGUAUAUGCAUGCGCGCACGGGGCAUGUUUUGUGUUUAGCAAACGAACUGGCCCCAAAUCGGAAGCGGCGUUUCCUUGCGCGGGUGUGUUGCCCCGGGGCAAUGGAAGCAAUUGGUUUGCAUGGCAAACCUCGUCACUUUUUAAAUUUUUGCCACGUAAACCCUAAUCCUGCACGCCCAUUGUUAGGGUGGGGGAAAUGUUUGGGGUUUGCGUUUCCUUGGGUUGCAGGAUUCGCGUAAGAGCUGAGCCUCGGGGUGCAAUCCUUUUCGAGAUUAAGUUUCCUGGAGCUCCCUGGUAAUUGGUUUAAUUUCUGUGCGGAAAUGCACAGCCAACAGCUGUGAGUCAUGGGCGGCAGGAAGUUAAGUCGGGUUUUAAGUAUAACUGGAGGGCAAGCAAGCGGACCAAAGGAAUCAGGCAUAGUCUCACAGGUUUAUUUGAGUGUUUCUGCAGGGCUGGAGUGGCUAAAACCUGCUGCUUUUCACAUAUUUGUUGGACUACAACUCCCAUCAUCCAUAACCACUGGCCAGGACUGAUGGGAAUUGGAGUUCCGGCGAGCGAAAGAUUAGGCCCUUGCCUUGCAGAAAAGUGGCUGGCAGUUGCCUCCCUGAUCGCCAGCGUAGGUUGUAAGAAACAUAACUUCCAGCAUUGCCCGGGUUAGAUAUUUUUUUGGCUUUCUACUUGGAAAGGCACACACUGUGAGAGAGCGGAUCUGGGUAUUGUUACAGGAUCACACUUGGGAGAACAUGUCCUCUUCAGACCUAGACUGUUUUUUCUUUCAACUUGGAUUGAAACUGGUUUGGAGGAGUAUGCAUUGAAACAGUAUUUCGGUUCCACUUGUGUAGGCUGCUCUCCAAAACCAGAGUAAAAGGAAGUGUGUACACAUCCUUCGUAGGAAAAUGAACAUAAACGUUGGUGGUGACGUCUGACCCAAUUGACUAAUGUUGGUGGCUUGGCUAUUUCAGAAUAGUUGUCCUGCAAAUAAAAAAAUAAGUAUGAGAGCUUCGACCAACCCUCAUGCUGGUCCAGGAAAAAUGAAGUGCCCCUUUUAGACUAUCCACAGUAGUUGGUUUCUGUGCAACUUUGUGAAGCCUCUGAGUUGGCCUUUGGGGGGGGGCAUUGAAAGUCUGUUGAGAACUGAGAAGUUGCUAGCACGCUAAAUGCAGUUUUCAAAGAAGGAUGCAGGGCAUUUUGAAAACUAGCAUGGAAUCUUGUGUCUUUUGAAAAGGCUGUUACGUUUACUGUAGGCCAGAUCCCAUUUUAUGAGACGCAUGAAGUGGUCAUUAAAGAUAUGUUGUUGUUGUUUAGUCGUGUCCGACUCUUCGUGACCCCAUGGACCAGAGCACGCCAGGCACUUCUGUCUUCCACUGCCUCCCGCAGUUUGGUCAAACUCAUGCUGGUAUAUAAAGAUACAGUUCCACAUUAUUCUGUCUCUAGUCUGUACCAUGUCCGUUAGAAAUUAAAUGUUACAUGCAUCACCAAUUCCAUUGCAUGUCAUACGCUCUUCCUUGAGGAAAACAGGGCAGAGAGGCAACUUCUCCUUUCUCUUUAGAUUUUGCAAGAGUUUUGCUUCCCUGAACCCUCCUUUCUGAAAUCGUAAGGCAUGUUACAGAAGUUGUUCCCUUUCCCCCAUCCUUGAAUUCCCUCUGCUGUUCCUUUGAAUGUUGGCUGGGCCAUGUUUUGCAAAUGCAGAGUAUGACUUCCGAAGAAGAAAAGAUUGUAUACAUUUGUUUUAAUAGCGAAAAUUUUAACCAGCCUAGAAAUAGUAGUGGUGUGAUUAUUAUCAAGUCAACAUUUUAAAAAACCCACUCUGCUUUUCUUGCACUCAGAACAAUUACCUGAACCUUUCUGGCAACUUUUAAAGAUUUGUAAGUAAAGCUGUUUCCAAAAAAGAUUGACUGCUUAGGACAGUCAAUCCUGUUUAAGAUAUGUUUUUCUCAAGGGCUUUGGUUUUGAAUUUGGAACAGCCUUUUUUCAAGCGGAGAUGAACUUGGAAUUUUUUUAUUUACAUUUUAUAGCACCAUUAUAAAAACUGAAAAACUAGAGUGCAUGUUUGGAGAGUUGGCUUCUUUUAGACCAAGUUAGUUUAGCUCUUUAAUAAUUGCAUUAGCAAUGUGUUCCCGUAUAGAAGCAACUGGGAAUCCUUGGCAUUACCGCAGAAAAAAAAUGUUGCCAAUAACAAAGCAGUAAAAAUCUUCAUUGGAAAACAAGCCGUCAAGCCAAACAAUGUUAGUAACCAUUCGCUGGAUCCUCCAGGGAUUGAAUAUUAUCUAAGUUUUGGCAUGAAAGUGCAAAACCGUACAGUUUUGUUCCUACUUGUUGUUUGCAGGCAGAUUGUUCUUCUCUAAAGCAAGGGCAUUUUGAAAAAUGUUACGGUUGUCUUUACUGCUUUAGUUUAAAGUGCGAUAGCACUGUCCAGAAGCCAUCUACCAUACUGACCUUUUAGUCAACCAACAAGCCUGAAGCAAACCAAUGUUAACUGCUUUAUACUGUGAAGAAUCAAGUUCCCUUAAUAUACAGGUGACUUAUGAAAAUGUAUUUCUUUUAUUAAACAAUGCUUCCAGAAUGUAAGAAAAUUAUUCCAGACAAACAUUGCUUAUGCCACUUUCAUGUGAAUAAACACCCAGCAAUAAAAGAUAGUGGGAGAGGAUUUACCCCAGCAAAUUAUUUCUCAAAAUUACAAAUACCCAAAUACAGACGGUCACUUACACUUGCUAGAUUCAGCGUGCUGCCAUCUGCCUUAUUGCAGGGCACAUUCGAGGGUAAACCAUACGUGGAACGAGUCUGCCCCUGCGGCUUGAUGGAGGUAGAAACUCUCUCUCAUGUCUUGUUACACUGCUGUUUCUACGGGGAUAUACGCUCGGUAUUUAUCACUCCUGUUGUGCAAAAAUCUCCAAAUGGGCCCAGACUUCAAUGUCUAAAACUUCUGGUAGAGGACAAGGAUCUAGAGAUCACGCUAAAGGUGGCCAAAUUCUGUGCGACUGCCAUAAAACAAGCUGUACUACUAAAAUGAUUAAGGUUUUAAAUGACAAUUUUCGGUUAUAUUUUAGUGAUCAAGAUUUAAUAUAUAUUUUUAACUGCCGCUAUAUCUGUAUUGUCUCUGUUAGACCCAAUUGCAAUUCAGUGUAUUCCUGUUGUGUUUUAUGAUUUUCCUGAUAUUGUAAGUGAGCCACUUUCAUGUUCUUGCAACUUCAUUUUUGCUGCUUCUUACACCAGUCCAUGCCCAGAAGGAAGUUUUGACUAUGCCCUGGGUCCUUUUAUGUUUUCCUUCCCUCCCCUUAAAUUCUCUUAAGAUUCUCACGCAAAUUCUAUGUGGGAUGGUUGAACAGGACAGAAGUUUCAGCUUUCUGCUGGCCCCUGCUUUCAUUUGAAUGUGUGGAUAAAUAAGGGCUAACCAAUAAAUCUCCAAAGACAGAGUGGGGUUGAGCAAGAUUACUGUAGCACUUAAUUCACAUUGCAUAGCUGUUUGCAGUAGCAGAAUGUCUUGUGUAAGAUAAAGAACUGCUGUGUCUCAAGCUGCUUUUGAGAAUCUCAGUUUCCAUGUAGCGUGAAGGGCUGUUGAUUGAGAAAUGUGGCAAAGGUCGACAUAAAUGGCUGGUACUGUUCUUUGGAUCCCGUUUGUGCAAGUUUUCUUAAAUUAUAUUCCCGGUUUUCUUCAUGCAGAAUUUGCAUUACCCUGGCACAUAAUUAUAUUGGCGCUGGUUCAUCUGAAAUAUUUUCCAAAUCCUCCUUCGGAGAGGGUUGUACAGUUAAAAAUAAAAAUAAAACAACUGAACAAAAGCCUGCCAGAGUAAAAUGCAUAAUUGUGUGUAAACAAGCACACCAGAGUGACAAUAUAAUCAUGGAUGUGGUGAACAGAGGGCGCGAUCUUCUUCCUCGCAGACUCUCCAAGUGUCCCUGUUUCUGAUUUGAUCCCGGAAUGUCCCGCUUUUCCUUAGGUUGUGCCUAUUUUCACUGGAGAAAUUGUUGGAGGGUAUGGAGCCAUCCACCCCCCACCCAAACCAUCUGAAGGCAAUCCUGUAUAGGGAAGUUUAAAAAAAAAUGUUUCAUGUUUUAUUAUGUUUCUCUAUAUGUUGCACGCUGCCCAGAGUGGCUGGGGCAACUCAGUAAGAUGUAAAUAAUAAAAUUAUCAUUAUGUUAUGGGACAUCCCUAUUUUCGUCGGAGAAAUGUUGGAUGGUAUGUCCUCGUUGCGGCUCUUGGUGAAAUUCAGACCAAGCAAAUUGUUUUUUGAAGCAGAUAAACAUGUAUUUUUUAUCGGGCUCAACUUGGGUUUGAGCUAUGGAGAAGCCCCCUCAGGAUCACAAAUAUAAAAUAAAUUGAAUGACACUAGCAACAUCAAAAUGGAAAACUUUGGAUCACAUAGAUGAAUUUUGUUUAGACGCCAUGUGGAAAGGACCUUCACAUUACUCAUUUCCUACUAAUUUUCUGUUGAAGGGGAUGAGGGGCAGUAUAUGUUGUUGUUUACUUCUUGGAAGGGUAGUGGAAGCUGUUUCUUGCCCUGGACCUUACGGCUGCCUUAUGAGGACUGUGGGCAGUUGUCAUUUUGUAUUUUAACUUAGGUGGGUGGGUUGCUUGAUGUAUUAAUAUUUUGCAAAACCUCAAAUGCUAGAGCAGUGUGUCUCAGUACAUCUAGUCCAGACUUCUGCUCUGUCCUAAGGGUGUAAUGGAAAUGGUUCAAAUGUUUGGAAAGGGUGUGUGGUAAAAUCCUCACCGAACUUUGUCAGUUCAGAAUGCAUUGGUUGCAAAUAGGAUGCAGAUACUGUCAUUUGCCAGUGCAAGGCUUAGAAAAAGCGAAGUCUUGCUCUCUCUCUUCUCCAAAAUGUGUAGUGUCCAACUCCCUCAAAAUGUAUUUUGUCUAGUUAAGUUUUUGCCUCUAUCUUCAGUAUAUUUUAUUUUGUUGCUAUGGUUAGUGGCUGUUGCAAAUGAAGGUUCUUCUGAUCUGAUCUCGUGUCCAACUGCAGAAAGAGAACAGUUGCAGGUUUGUUUGAAGCACGGGAGGGAGAUUUUUAAGGGUUAAGAACUUUGCCCCAUCCCAGGAUGUGUUACAACAGCGGCAAGAGUCUUGAUAGCACAAGGAUGGAAGAACGAGGAAAUCCCAAUGAAAUAACAGUGGCAAGAAACAUUGAUGAGCUACGCAGAGCUUGCUAAAUUGACAUACAAAUUGCGGGACAAGGACAACUGUGACUUUAAGGAAGAAUGGGAGCUUUUUACACAUUAUCUACAAAGACAACAAAAUGAACUGGACUCCUUGGCAGGUUUUGAAUAAACAUACACAAAUUUAUUGGUUGAUAACAUGUUAGAUAGAUAAUGUAAGGAUAUGUAUAAUUUUUUCACAUGCAGAGAAUAAUAUGUGCUGAGAAGUCAGAGAGAGGAGCUGAGGGUAUAAUGAAUAUGAUAUGUUUUGAAAUUUUGUUAUGCUGAAAUUGCUAAUAAAAAUAUUGUUUUUUUUAAAAAAGAACUUUGCCUCAGGAUGAGAACAGAAAUCACGCGAUGGCGGCAGCGGGAGGCCCCAUUAGCUAAAGUGGUACCCUGGUUAAGAACGGACCUCCAGAACGAAUUAAGUUCGUAACCAGAGGUACCACUGUACAGGCAACAUACGAAAAAGUUGCAUGACUGUGUUGCUAAUACGUAUCAAUAAAUAUCGGUUCUUUUGCCUUUGGAAGCACCCUUCCUCACAGCUUCCUGCUUUCUCCCAGACUCCACCUUCCCACCCUAAUUCUCACCCAGGGUCUCACGACAGCCACAAAAAGUGCCACUAGGAGAAAGGUUGCUGCGGGCAUCACCCUAGUUCCCCCCUCUAGGUUUGCUCUUUAUGGGGUGGAUGGAGCUUCCUCAGGCUGCCCACAGCUGUGUCCCAUUAAACAGUCACCUGCCCUCUCCAUACCUGGUUCUGGGUGCAGUAGGUUUGGUGAGUUUGCCAGGGGGUCCCAAGGAUGAAAAAAGAGUGCCCCUCCACUCACAGUUCUUUUUUUCUCUCUCUUCACAAUAAUAUUUAUUAAUUUUCAUACAAAAGCAUAACAAAAAAGAGAAUAAACAAUAAUAAGAAAAAAGAAAGAAAAAGAAACAUAAAAGACUUCAAACUUCCCAUAUAUCACUACAUAAACUAAAACUUAAUUAGUUAAUUAAGAUCCAUCUUCAUAAACACAUUACUUGACUUCCUCUAAUCUCUUCCAUCUGAAUUCCCUUGUAAUUAAAUGUAGCAGUUUCCAAUAUCAUUAUUUCAUAAAAAACAAUAUUACAGUCAUAAUCAAAUUUCCUAACUUUUCUUAUCGUGCUUUUUCUUAUUUAUUUAUUUAAUCCUAAUUUAAUCCUAGGCCUAAUUAGUUCUUUCAAGUGGUUACAUAUCUUUACUAUUACAAUAUUUAUUCAAAUAGUCUUUAAAUUUCUUCCAAUCUUCUUGGUGUUCCUCUUCUUUCUGGUCGCGGAUUCUCCCGGUGAGAUCAGCCAGCUCCAUAAACUCCAUCAUCUUCAUCUCCACUCACAGUUCUUCUCCUGCCUCUGUCUCCUUCUCGUCCAGCCUGUAGUGACGAAUUGUGUUCUGCCAUCCGUUUCCCAGAGGAUAGUGAAAUAUCUGCAAGGGUCCUCCUUGAACUCACAAAUGAACUUUAUUUUCCAUAUUUGAGAGUUUGAAGCAGGCAUGUAAAUAGCCAUUGGCCUGACAACCUGUGGUGACUAAGGCCAUAACCAGAUAAACAUAUGUUGUCUUGAUAAGCUGAGAAACGAGCUAGUCUUUUGUCCCUUCAUUCCUCCCUUUGUGGUAUGAACAACCAAACCAGAAAGCCUUCCAUUCAAGGCUGAAAACUAUAGUUGCCAGCUUUGGAACAAGCCAUGAUAUUAUACACAACUUCAAGCCUUCCUUUAAUAGCGUGGCUUGUUCUGAAGUUGGUAUCCAUAGUUUCUUGGUUUGGACAAUAUGGAAACACUGUUUAAUUACAGGCUUCCUAGUUUAAUUGUGGCUUGUAAAGAAAAUGCUUGUUCGUAUAUUGGCUUAUUAAGCGGAGAGAUUAUUGUUUUACCAUUCUUAGAGCUGGUUCAGACAGGCAGGGAAAAUAACUAACAUAGGUAAGCACAGACAGGUGGGCCAGUGAUAUUUCUUCUUGUAUGCUGGCAAAAAACACACCCAACUGUGCACUUUUUAGCAAGGUGAUUUAAGUUUCUGAUAGCUUUCCAGGCUGACAUUCUGUUACGAUAAAUCCUGAAAGCACGAUAUUUAGAUUGUCCUCCCCUUGUUUUGCUAGGAACAAACAAAAAUAAAUCCAGCAACCAUUUCAUUAUAUUUUGGGGGUCUGGUAUUUCAGCAACCUCUUUCUACGUAGCUCCCAAGGCAGACUGGUUUUAUUUUAUUUUUAAGGAAACAGCUCAAGAUGUUUCCAUGCACCUUCGGCAGCUAGUCCUAAGGAGAGCCUUUUUCAGUUAAAGUUGGGUUGGCAUCAUGACUGUUGAACUUCACUUUUGCCAUUCACUGUUGAACUUCACUUUUGCCAUCUUGCACCAGUAGUAGAGAGUGAUGCCCAUUCUGUGCAAAGGGGCAUCAUGGUCCCCCACCUCCCUAUUGAAAAAACCUGUUGUAUAUCACAGUUGAGACCACAGGUGCUUUUAUUGAAUCUGCUACUUGCCAAGUGGCAAGUAGUUACUUAGGUCCUUCCGUUCUGGAUUCUGUGGUGCUGGGCACAGGGAGCAGUUCCGCAUACUGUAUGCACCAAAGUAUGGUUUCAGGAAUCUGUGAUGAUCAACUUGCAGAUGCUGAAGGCUGAAGGAGUGGAAAUGAUGUUAUCAUUGCACCAUGAGAUCCUUGACUACUGUAAUUCGCUCUACGCAGGGCUGCCCUUGAAGCUGUCCCAGAAACUCCAGCGGGUGUAGAAUGCUGCAGCGAGGCUCCUCACGGGGUCCCUGCCAUGGGAGCAUAUUUACCCAGUGCUUUUCAAGCUGCACUGGCUCCCGGUGGAGUACAGGGUCACAUUUAAGGUGCUGGUUUUGACCUUUAAAGCCCUUCACGGCCUAGGACCCUCGUACCUACGGGACUGCCUCUCCUGGUAUGCCCCACGGAGAGCCUCAAGGUCCAUAAAUAGCAACACCCUAGAGGUCCCGGGCCCUAAGGAAGUUAGAUUAGCCUCAGCCAGAGCCAGGGCCUUUUCAACACUGGCUCCAGCCUGGUGGAACACUCUGUCUCAUGAGACCAGGGCCCUGCAGGAUCUGAUUUCUUUCCACAGGGCCUGUAAGACAGAGUUGUUCUGCCUGGUCUUUGGCUUGGAGUCAAUUUGAUUCCCUCUCCCUCUUUCUUUUUUCCUUUCUUCUCCUGUGAAGAGGCUGCAUCUUAAUGUUUUAAUGUUGUAUUUUAAUCAACUUAUUUUUAUUAUUGGUUGUUAGCCACCCUGAGCCCAGGCUUGGCUGGGGAGGGCAGGGUAUAAAUAAAAUUUAUUAUUAUUAUAUUCCUACCCUACAGGCUUUGAGGUAAACAAAGAGAUAUGGCGAAACUCACCAGAAAAAUAAGAAAUCAAGAUAGCACACUUUUUAUAAAAUAAUGCAAAUGGUUUAUUGAAUAUUUACCAAUAAACUGUAAACCGAUAAGAACAUUGGCAGGAUUAUUGUAAUAACUUGCAGUUUUAUAAGAGUGUAUAUUUAAAGUAGAUGAAUAAAUCAGUAAAUUACAAGUUAAUUUGGCAUAUGCAGAAAAUAUAAAACAUAAAUUUAAGGAACUGCAGAAAGGGGAAAGGAAGUCGAGUUUUGAAAUGUUAAAAUGGUUGUAAAAUUAUUGAAAUGUAUAAAACUUAACAUCAUAAUUAUGUUUUUUUUAAAGAAAUAAACAGAGAGAUGAGCCCUAUAACUUGCGGUACUUUGACUUGUGUCUGUGUGGUUGACAGUUCUCUGAGAACAGCACCAAAGGGGUCUUUGGAGGAGCAAAUUCUGAUUACUCUCCAUUUUAAUUCAAAAUAAGAAACAGGAGAAUAUGUAUCUCUCUUACCCUUUACACAAAUGUUUCCUUUAUCUUAUUACUUUGAUGCAUUUGCAUCUUUGGAUCCCUUUUGAUUGUACGUCUUCCUGUUCAGAGUUUAAGUUACAAUAUAUCUCUGGUUAAAUGGGAAGCAGCUGUUGAAGGAAAAACAUCCCAAUUAUAAAUUAUGGGGGUGAAAAGAGGGGUAUAAUAUUUGAACUGGGCACUAUAAGCCUGUGGUGGUGAGUGUUAUCUGAUAAUUGUCCAAGUGUGUACCUUGUACGAUAUGUUAGUUGAGUUAGAAUAUUAUUAAUUUUCCUUAACCAACAUUUUUGUCUCUAUUGAGAGAGAGAGAAGCCUUUGUUUUGGGCAAUUAGUCCGAGAAAGGAGGGAACAAUCUUAGCUAGAAAGCAGAUGGUUUCGAGGUCAUUAUUCCGAGACAAGGUGGAAUUUGUGUUGUGGUUUUGAUAAGGAAGGUUGAAAGAUUUCGGGAUGAAAGUGAAGAAGAACCAGAGAAGGUAGAGAAUGUUGGUGGAAGUCAUAAAUUUAAGAAUGACUCAUUUUGAUGAGGGUUAAAAUUGUGCAGGAGUGUUACAAAAGAGAACAAUUUGGAGCGUAGCUGGAGAUUUGAAAUGAGAAGAGUUGUAUUAUGGAAAAUACGUAAAAACAAAGACUUCAAAGACAAAGACUUCUGGUUGCUUCUCUCUCUCUCUCUCUCUCUCUCUCUCUCUGGAUGUUCUCUUACAACUUUUAGCUCGCAUUUGUUUUUCUCCAUUGAUAAUUUUCUUGCUAUGGCCUCAGUCAGUUCCAUGGAGGCAAGCUGGCUUUGGGGUGUUGAAGACUGUUGUUGUUUAGUCGUUUACUUGUGUCCGACUCUUCGUGACCCCAUGGACCAGAGCACGCCAGGCACUCCUGUCUUCCACUGCCUCCCGCAGUUUGGUCAAACUCAUGCUGGUAGCUUUGAGAACACUGUCCAACCAUCUCGUCCUCUGCCGUCCCCUUCUCCUUGUGCCCUCCAUCUUUCCCAACAUCAGGGUCUUUUCCAGGGAGUCUUCUCUUCUCAUGAGGUGGCCAAAGUAUUGGAGGCUCAGCUUCAGGAUCUGUCCUUCCAGUUAGCACUCAAGGCUGAUUUCCUUAAGAAUGGAUAUGUUUGAUUUUCUUGGAUGAAGAUCCUAGUUGAAGACUAGGCCUGUGCUUUUGAAGUGGCCUCAUAGAUGUUGGCUUUUCUUAGCGUUUUGCCUUCUUUGAUCGGCUUUUGAUUUUUCUAAUCCUUGUGGAUUAUUUUUGCUCAGGAGUCUUGUAGUGGAAACCAAUCGUCCGCAGCAGGUCUGGCAGAUAUGGACGCAUUAUUCCCUAAAGUCCCUGAGUCUAUCCCAAUAUUAGGGACACACAUAUAUGCUAAAUCCCAUUUAAUUUUUCCUGUAUUUUUUAAUUACCUUUAUAAUGCAGAUUUUUAAAAUUUCUUUUUAGUGCUAUUGCUUUUAACUGGACUGGAGGAAGAGGGUGCUAAGAAAAUAACUGCUUUCUUGCGUACUUGAAGCAGCUAAUACAAAGCCUUAUAUCUUAUUUAGUUCUUGUAGUAGCCCCAUUGUAAUUGCGUUGUUUAUUUAUCCAUGCACUCAUUUUUAUACAUUGUGCUUAUUUUGUAUCAUUCUUUCACUUGUAAAUGAAUACUUACCAUUUUUCACCUUUUGUCAGUUAUUUUUAAUCGCUUUUUUGUUUAUUUUGGAGUGGUUCUGGCUGUUUUGGUCACUGUUUAUAUGCUCACUAGGCAAAAUUAAUAUUUUUUGAAUUUAGAAAUUGUUUUCCAGUUCCUUGUACAGUGUGAGGGAGUCUGUUGGAGCCAAAUGCUAUGUUUUGCUGCAAAUAAAAGGACAGAGUUUUCUCUCUCCCCGCCCUUUUACACCGAUGUUUCAUCUCUAAAGUCCAUAUUAAGGCAAUCCCUUUACUAGGCCAACCAAAAUAUUGCAAAAUAGCAUCCAGUCUUUUGAGUACUCUGGAACUCUUUAGCAGACUAGAUGGUAAACACAGCAAAAAAGUAGGGAAGGAAAAAGGUGUGUGUGUGGGGGGGAAUGUGCAUUUACCGUAUUUUUCGCUCUGUAAGACGCAUCAGACCACAAGACGCACCUAGCUUUUGGAGGAGGAAAGCAAGAAAAAAAUAAUAUUCUGAAUCUCAGAAGCCAGAACAGCAAGAGGGAUCGCUGUGCAGUGAAAGCAGCAAUCCCUCUUGCUGUUCUGGCUUCUGGGAUAGCUGCGCAGCCUGCAUUCGCUCCAUAAGAUGCACACACAUUUUCCCUUACUUUUUAGGAGGGAAAAAGGGAGUCUUAUAGAGCAAAAAAUACGGUAUGUCUGCACCUUCUAAGAGUCUUAAGGCGAGAGGAGGAGAGAGCAGGUAGGUCUUUUAGGUGCUACAGAGGUGGCAGCAAGGAAAAGACUGGUUGUGAUAGGAAAAUAAUGAAUUUGCUUGUUUUAACAGCAGAAUCCUAAACUGAAGUAAGAGGCUUGUUAUACCACCUGAGGGCAGGGCUUUAUUUUCCAAGGAAACAUUUCAUUCAACUGCUAGGCGCAGUUGUCCUUGUUGGUUUCUUUUGACUUGGCAAACCAUCUAAUAUUAAUUUUCACCUUUGCUAAUAUGAAGAUUGCCUUAGCUCAAAAGCAGGAAGGAAACCAUGGAGGACUCUCUGUGCUUUGCUUAAGGAUCACGACAGUCCUGGGCAAUAGCUGUUAAUUUUGUAGCCCCAGAGAUGGGGAAUUUACCCCAUUGUUACUCUUCUCAUUCGCAGCAACCUGAAACUUGCAUAUCACCUAAAGGGCCUCAUAUCAUUGCCUGCGACUUCCUCUCUCCCUCAGUCUUAAGAACCUUACAAGACGCAGACAGGGAUAAAGGUUUUAUCACCAGAUAGGCAUUUUGAGUCUCCCUGCCCCAUCUUCUUGCUUUGCUUACCAUCUGUCUGGAUGGGAGAGUUCCGCAGAGCUCAAAGGGUUGCACGUUACUUUGUGAUAUUUUGUUUGGGUUAAUAAAGGUAUUACAUUAAUAUGGACUUUGGGAUUUUUCUUACGUGCCAAACUUUUUGACCUCUAAAAUUGUAUUUAUAAAAUGUUUCCUCUGCCAAACUUUCUGAUCUCUAAAAUUGUAUUUAUAAAAUGUUUCCUCCUCCCACCCCCUUAAUAAUUUGGGCGGUGGCGGUAGAAGACAGAUGCAAUUAAAAUAAGAGGCAAAAACAAACCAGAGUUGGAGAGGGCAGGUUUCUGCUCAGCUCCUGCUACAAAAGGCUUCCUUCCUGUGACACCUUGUGUCCUUUUAUGUUGGAUCUAGAUCCAAUGUUUCCCAAACUUGGGCCUGUUUUGGUCUCCAUCAUCCCUAGCUAGCAGGACCAGUAUUCAGGGAGGAUGGGGGUUGCAGUCCAAAAACAGCUGGAGACCCAAGUUUGGGAAACGCUGGUCUAGAUAGUCCCGAUAAUACUUCAGCUUAUCAUUGAUGGUAGAAGCACUUUAUUGGUGUUUAAAUAUAUGCGGUGUUGGUUAAGUAACUGAAAAUGCUCUCGUGCUGUGGGGUAAGGGAAAUAUUUUGUGCUGUCUCUCAGAGCAUAUUUAUUUCCUCUUUGUCAGAAUGGAUCCCUUCAGCUUUGGGGACCCCAUUAGUUACGCCGAGUUCUUGAAAGUGCAAGGGAAUCAAGACUUCAAAAAUGGAAACUAUGCUCUUGCCAUCAGAAAGUAUGACGAAGCACUAAAUAUACUGGUCUAUUUACACAAAGCAGUAAGGUAAGCUCUUUCUUAGAGAACUGUGAACUGUCUAGCUCUAGCUUCUAGACUUGAGCUUUCCUUCCGUGAAGCUACUGAACUUGGAUUCCAGUCACCAAGUUAUCUGUGAUCUGUGCAGUAAUUAUUUGCCGUUUUCCUUACACUCUUUAUUCAACUUUUCAUAGCAGUGUUCUGUUGGGAUUUAAUAAAGGGAAUGCAUAAGGUAUAACAAUUCUCCCCCCCUCUACUCUAUUUCUGUGUAGAGGAAGGGGGGCGGGAAUCUGUUCAUGUGUUCUGUAAAACUAUAAAGCUGUUUCUCUUGACGCAACUACAUUUAACAUUCUCAUCUUUUAGUUUUUCCCAACGGCGAGAUGUGGCAGUUUUACUCUGCAACCGAUCAAAUGCCUUUUACAACUUAAAUAAAUGGAGAGAAGCCUUCUUCUCAGCAAGACAGAGCCUCCAGUGGGAUCCAGCUUACGUUAAGGUAUUCUGUACUCUACGUAGAGGCUGAGUGGCCAUCUGUCAUGGAUGAGAUUCGUGCAAGAUGACCCUGAGAGUCCCUUACCAGGGCCGUCUUAAGCAUACCUGGCGCCGUGGUACAAAGAUCCGUCUCCCACCCCGUUUCCUAGAGUUGUUGACCUUUUCCCAAGCCUCUGCGGGGAUUGCUCUCCUCCCGUGGGGGCUUGGGAAGGAAGCUGCACAUCCUCCAGCCAUAUGGUUGAUGGGAGCAGCUGGUGGGCAUGGAGGAGGGAAAGGGGAAGCGCUGGCAAAGCCACGGAGCUCCCCCACUCGCUGGGGCGCCCCUGAGAGGCUGGCGUCCUGGCACAACAUGCCAGUAAACCCAAUAGGAAAGAUGGCUCUGUCCCUUACAACUCUAUAGUUCUAUGAUUCUCUAAGCCUAGGUUGCAGGGUUGUUGUUUUUUAAUUAAAAGAUAAAAUAAGGAUUAAGAGUUCUGAAUAUAAGAUAUUUUGAAGCAAUAUGUGGUUUGACUCUUAAACAGAGAGAUUUCAAGACCGGAAAUGCAAGGAUUGAGCACUGACAUUAAAGGAGCUUAAAGCUUGAAGAACUUUGGAUUUGCAUUUGCUUGUUAAAUUUUGUUGUAUUCGGAAGCUCCACGUUUUGGCUUGCAAGUCACUUUUACUUAAUAUGAACAUAAACUUAUUUGCGGAGCAGCUGUUGGCUCAGAACAGCGUUCCCGUUCAGAAAUUUAUUUAUUUAAUUUCUGCACCACCCUUCAUCCGAGGCUCACAGGAUGGUUUUCAAUAUAAAAACACAAAAAACACGGUGCUUAAAUAAAAUAUUACUGACAACAGAAAUAAGAUUUGUAUCCAAGUUAAAAAAAGCCACACCAUAGGAAGAAACAAAAGCAAUCACCCUCCCAUAGUUGAGAAGGCCAUAAUAAACCAAAUGAAUGUUUAAUUUUAUCAUAUUCGUUAAUAUCUGAGUAUAUAUUCUGAGUAAAACAUAGUUGACUAGUGCCCAUUGUAUUUGGUGCAAAAGUGUUUCAACCCUGCCAUUUUAAAUGUAUUUACUGCUAGGUUAUUCUGUUCUUAUAUUGAAAUGUUGCUAUUAAAAGUCUGUUAGCCUUCACAUAUAUUCCUGAAGUAAAGACUGAUUCUUGGGAUCUUUCUUUCUUUCUUUCUUUCUUUCUUAGGGGUACUAUAGAGCUGGCUACUCCCUGAUUAAAUUGAGACAGCCUCUCGAUGCUGUUAAAACGUUUUAUCAAGGUUUAGACUAUCUCCGUGGUUCAUCAGAUGUGGCUCAAAUUUCUGAUUUUAUAGUCGGUAUCUUCUCAAGCGUUAACGGUAAGUGAUAACGUGAGAUUUUGUCUUCAUUAAACUGUCACAAUUAGGACAGGAUGGGGGCAGCUGAUGGCUGGUGAGUGCCUGAAAUGAGUGGCCUCAUUUGCAAAUCACAGUAAACCAUAGUCUGAAAGAAACUAUGGAUUACCAUGAAUGAGCAGCAUGCAAGUGGUUCACUACUCCCUUUGCUGAGCUGAGUAACAAACUCUGGAGUAGAUGUGCAAACCAACUCUUGUAGUUUAUUUCUCUCCAAAUAAGCUGUAAGCAAUAGACCAAGAAAGAAACUUGGCUGCUUCUUGUGUUUUGUUCAGAGAUAAACAAACCACUACACUGGUUUGCACCCAGCACUAAGCCAGCCAAUCCAUGGUGUGUGUUUUUUUAUAGGCUUAGUGCGUCAUAACUGAGCAGCGGGCAGCAGCGGGCUUCUCAUUCGCAGUCAUUUAUAAUGUGUUUCAGAGUAUUGCUUACAAUGAUGUGCAAACCAGGUCAUUGUCCACAAUCAUCAUUAUAGUGUAACCUUUGCAAAAUGGAUUUGUGACCUCGGGCUGGUGGGUAAAAUGUCUGCAAUGCUAGGUUAAAACGGCAAGAUCUUUGCCCUGACCCAGCGAGGGAGUUAGCCGCGUAGAAGCGGCUUCAGGGAGCAGAUGGAAGAACCAUGCUUGCAGUGCGCUUUCAGGCGCACGAUGUCUGGUGGUUCUCUUUGCACGACGUGGUGGGGAUAGGAAGGAACCUGUGCUCCAAUCCCUAUGCCCAGAUUCUGCACAUUUGGCAUUGCCCCCUGCUAUAUCUGCAGGUGGGUGACAAUGUUUUUCAGUGCUUCCCUAUGUUGAAAACUCAUUACAGACAGAAAGCCAAGAGCAGGAAAAGAACGAAAUUACCCCCCGCCGACUGCGUUAGUUUUCUAUUUGUAUAAAUUUUGGUGCAUUGGAAACCUGCAGGCUGAAAUGAUGCAGCCCAUUCUACCACUACAACAUUCUGCCAUCAACUUCCUACCUCAUUCUGUUGCUUGUAUAGACCAGCUGAAGGGAGCCCUAGGGAGAGAGCAUUGGUGAUUGUGCAGUUUGUUUUCUCUGUUGUGUAAAGGCUUUUCCCUUUCCUUGUUGAUGCCGUGAGGGGAUUUCCUAAGUUGGAAGAGCACAAACUGUAAAUGUUGAUGAUGAUGAUGAUGAUGAAGAUUAUGCAAGCUUAAGCCUCUCUUGUUUUGUCCCCCCCCCCUUUAGAUGAAAGGACUAUUACCCCACAUUUAUUAUCCGUCUGUAAAAAAAUUGUGAGCGAUAAUUUCACGCCACCAAUUUGGCAACAGGUGAUUGAAAAGCUGGCCAGAAAAGGACUGUGGCAGGUAGGCAUCUUAUCGUUGUAAAUAAUGACAUUUUUUUUCUCCUGAGCUCAGGCUGCCUUUUCAAAACCUUUAUGACAGUAGGUGAUCGCAGGUUCUGGAAUCUGUCUGCUUCGACGUUUCAGCCCUGUGAUUGCAUAGCCCAACUUAGAAUUGGGAUAAGCUGACGUGAAUUGUAGGUGUGCUUCCUUAAUUUGUAAGCUUAGCACAGUUUUUGGUGUAGUGUUCAUUAUUUUUGCUCGCACCUUUUAAAGAAGGAAAAAGAGAGACAGACCAUGUAGGUAACAGUAAGCCAAACUAUGGCUUGCUGUGAAUAGGCAAGCAUUGGGAGAAAAGCACAGCCAUUGCAGUCGUUCUCUGCUCCUGCUGCCAUGCUACUGGGAGCUCAGCCGUGGCUUGGCUUCAUGUUACGUCUGAGCAUUGUCUUGUGGUCUAUCUCACUCCAAACAAACCACAAUGGCAAGCCAAGGACAAAACUUGGUGGCUUGUUGAAGUGAGACCCAAUGACGAGGCCAGAUUCAUACAGAACAGUAAACCAAACUGGUUUAGCUCUCAGCAGCUAACUAGUAGCAUGAGCAGGAAAGGACAAGCACUGCAGUUUUCUCCAUGUUGGCAGGUCAUAGUGCAGCAAAAAGCACUUUCUUUACUUCCAACGCUGUUUCAUGGAUGUUUAGGUAAUUACAUUCUUGCAGCCUGAUGCAAUAGUAACCUGUGUUGAUCAGGAAAAAGAAGCAAAUACCCGCUGCUCAGCUAAUACACAUGUGGUGGUUCUUAACUCUCACCUUUCUACUGAUGCCAAUAAUCUCUGAGGAAGCAAUACUGAAUUCAGUUGUCCCUUCCUUCCCCCAACAAGUGAACACUUCUGUCUCAUUCAACAGUAACAAGGUGUAAUCUUUGGUGAUUCCGGAAAAGCAAAAUUUUAAGGUAUUGGUGUUUAUUCACUAACAGUAGCACCUAGAGAGAGAAAAUAGAAUCGGAAUACAGCCAGAUAUAUUUCCUUUUCACGCUUUCCAUAGUUUCAAAGAAUUGUUCUUGUUAGCAAAAGCACCAGGUGUCGCUGUGAUCUGAAAAAGAUGUGAGGUCUACAUGCAUUUGAAGUUCUAACGAAAAAAUCUUUCCCCUCACUCCCUAGUCUUGCCUAGUGUUGGCUGCUGAGAAAGACCGGUUGCCAAGGAAUCUGCAAGUGACCAAUUUAUCACUAAGAGAGCUGUUUGAGGUUUGUCGAAAUCUUCCAGUAGAAAUCCUUUACUGGGGCCUGGGUGAAUGGAAUUAGGAAAUGGAUUUCACCAGAGGGCUUGCAUGAAUGGCAGGUAACAUAGGUAACGAAUAGAUGUUGGACAAACUAAAGGGUGUAAGAGGAGCCUGCACGCAGUCCAGCAAACUUAAAAAACAACAACCCAAAUCCAUUACUAGCUUGCUUUAACAGACUUGUCUAUUUCCCUUAAUUGUGGGUGGACGUGGAUAACAGGGUUUUAGUUUGUUUAUUUAAGGCAAACAUGGUGCUUAAAUAAAAUACUACUGUCAACAGAAAUAAAAUUUGUAUCCAAGUUAUGCUGCCUAAUCAUCAGCAUUUCUACGUGGUGGGGAUUUUAUCAUAAUACAGUGAUGAUGGAGGAUUGAGAUUUUAUGUGCACCAAGUGACCAGAGCCUUAUACAUGUAUUCUUUGUUUCUCUUGAACCAGAAAUAUGUUCUCUUUGGCCAGUAUGAAAAAAUGGAAAGGGUGCCCAAACUGGUGGAGUGGCUUGUCUCCCUCGGAGCAAAUAUAAGAAGUGUUGGAACCUAUCCUCUUCAUGCUAUCAUCAUGCUUUGUAUCAAAGCAAGUAAGUGCUUAAAAAAGUCAAAUCAAAAUAAAUGAUGUCCUGAAUGGUGCUGCAGGUAAUUUGGAGAUGAAUUUUAUACGCAAAACAUAAAGCUAUGGUCCUAUGAAAAUAGUGAGAGAUGUACAAUAUAGGCUGGCCAGCCUUUGGAUGGGGGGACACUUGUUGGGGGCAGCGUAGAAGUAGCUAUGUCAUAAAGUCUGGUAUUUUCCCUUCCUCAGUAUAUUAAGAGUAUCUGUAAACUGGUCUUACUGGGAUGCGGGUGACGCUGUGGGUUAAACCACAGAGCCCAGGGCUUGCCGAUCAGAAGGUCGGUGGUUCGAAUCCCUGCGAUGGGGUGAGCUCCCAUUGCUCGGUCCCAGCUCCUGCCAACCUAGCAGUUCGAAAGCACAUCAAAGUGCAAGUAGAUAAAUAGGUACCACUCUGGUGGAAAGGUAAACGGCGUUUCCGUGCGCUGCUCUGGUUCGCCAGAAGCGGCUUAGUCAUGCUGGCCACAUGACAGAGCAGCUGUACGCUGGCUCCCUUGGCCAAUAAAGCGAGAUGAGCGCCGCAACCCCAGAGUCGGUCAGGACUGGACCUAAUGGUCAGGGGUCCCUUUACCUUUACCUUAAACUGGUCUUAAAGAGAAAACUAACUCCAAGGCAGGGAGGAGCUGUAAAAAUACUGUACCGUCAAACUAGAGUGGCACCAUUUCAUAUUCUGGACUUGAUUUGUGCCGCGUGUGCCAAGAACAUUGGCUAUCCCUGCCCUGCAAGGUUCUUUGCUAUACACCAACUAGGCUAGAUAAAGCCAAGCAGGGAAAAUAAAUUAUAUUGCAAAGAUAUAUCCUAUCCUUUUUAUGUAUUCUGGAAAGGUUAAGCACAGUCUUCCUUAAAUUGAUGGUGUAUUUCUUCUUUUUAAUUAUUUAGAUGGAAACUACCUUUUCAGAUGGUUAUUGAAUUAUAAGCCUGAACUGAAGGAUCUUAUCAACCAGCAAAAUGAAGAGGGUGCCACAGUUCUCCACAUUGUAGCAUCUCAUUCAGUUGGCUAUCCUAUGAAAAGUAAGUUUGUGUGUAAGUGUAUGUGUGUGUGUUUAGGUAACCUGGUUUUUGGACAAUACACUAUCUUGCUAGUUUAAUUCUUGUUCUCCUAUUCUUUUUACAGAAACCCCAGAAUGGGCUAACUCUAGCUAACAUUGUGCUUUUAACAGAGACCGGCUUUUGUGUUGCUGCAUUUUGAACAGAAUACUCAGACUAGGAAUCUGCUUUCCUUGAGACCAUCUCUAGUGGACAUAUUCUCAUAGAAUUGUAGCAUGAUAGUUUCUGCAAGUUUUAUUUUGCCCACGAGGUGGCAGUGGGAAAACAAGUGUCUGUUCCAGCAUCAAGAGUAGGCUUCUAAUUCAGUAACAGUGCAAUCCUAGGUUGAUCUACUCAGAAAUAAGCUCCAUUGAGUUCAGUGGGGCUUACUCCUAGGUAAGUGGGUUGGCAGUAGUAAGCAUCAUCGUGUUAAUGGAAGAGAUUUUCCCAGAGCCACUUGGGUGACCGAAAAGUUGGAAUAACAUGAGUAAUAAAUUCACUGCUGUCGCAGAAAGGGAAUGAAUAAUGGGAUAAAGACAUGCUCAGGAAGGACUGUAUUUAAUUAAUAGAACAAUGGCUCUGGGCGUAGAAGGUCCCAGAAUCAGUGGGGCCAUCUAAACCUAGGAGUUCCAUAAGAUUGGAGCCACCAUUGAAAAGCAAUAAUUUUGUGCUCCCAGUAUUUUUGAAAUAACGAUUUGUACUGCUUUGCACUAGGGAGUGGGGGAAGCAGGUGUCUUGUUGGCUUCCUGUCUUGUAAUCCUUUUUGAGAUUGAAGGGGAGAAACUAAGCAUCUAUCUGUUCCAUUUGAAAAAUGCACCUAUAUUCCUCUUUAAAAAAAAAAAAAUUAUCAGUCUAGUGGGCACCCAAAAUGUGAAUCCUCCACCAUAUAUUUCGCAGCCCAAAUUGGUGACCUGAGAACUUUUUGCAGUUUUUGUUAUCCUCUUUUCCCUGUGUGACGGACCCGGCGUAGAUGAAUGAGUGGUGUGUUUUGAUGUUUCUGGCAAGCAUGGAUUGCUGCAAUCAGUUACUCAUUGUUUGCUCUUUGGACCAGUUUCAGAACUGCUGCAUACGAGCGCCACCCACUUCUCAGAGGUUCUUCCUUCCUGCAAGUGUCAAAUCACAAAGCUGAACUCAUGACGUGAAGCCUGUUGUGAUUCAAGUCAAGAAUAUUGCAGACUCCUUUUAUUUGUUUUGUAUUUCAGAUCUGAUAGAAAACGUGGUGAUGCUUCUGAACGCUGGGGUGGAUCCAAAGAUCUGUGAUGCCCAGUCAAGGUCUGCUAUGGAUAUCUUGAAAAAACACAAGAAGUUCAGGGUUAUAGAUAUAAUCAGCAAGCACAAGGAAAGAUUUAAUCUACACCAGGAUGAGUCACCAGGUACUUCAGAGACAGGCCUGCUUGUUGAAUUCAGUAAUAACCCUCACUUGGCAAAAGUGUCCUCCUUGUUUUUUAGGUUGGGUCUCCCAACCUAUUGUUGGACUACAACUCCCAUCAUUCAUACCUAGCAGAACCAGUAGUCAGGGAUGAUGGGAACUGUAGUCCAAAAACAGCUGGAAACCCUGCUGUAGACAUAACAUUUAACCAUUAUUCAGGGACUGGACGUCAUGAUCAUUCUUCUCCUCUCCAUCUCUGUGUUAAUUUCAUCCAUGUCCCGACUUCCCACCCCUAACCAUGGUUUCCUGUUAGGUUUUUGCAAAGUAUUUUUGUCGCCAAAGCUUUGAAACUGGGCUUUGAUACUGGAAACCCAAAGCUGCUACACUAUGACAGCUAUCAGUACCGGUGCAGAGCUGAGACAAGCAUACAUAGGCCGAGGAGAUUUGUGCAGUCCUUCAGGCUUGUGUGCCUGCUACUGUACUAAUAAUAUCUCACCAGUUGAGCGACAGGGCUGCAUGGCGACGUUGUUUUGGUUGAUACAUAUAAUUGUGUGUUGUUAUGUGCUAGAGAUGGAGCUUUCCCCUAAAGUUCUUUUGGGAAACUCUGGGGUUCCUCUGAAACUUUUCAGGUCAUCUUCAGAAAAAAGAUGCCAGACACUCUUCUCUGAAAGAAUCUUGCUCACUCCUACAAUUCACAACGGCUGAGAAGUGUUGGGGGUGUAUUCUAGAGCAGGGAUGGCCCUCCAGAUUUUUCAAGACUCCCAUCAUCGCUGAGCAGUGGCUGGGGCAGAUUGGAGUCUAAAAACUUCUGGAGAGGGACAUGUUCCUCAGUCCUAUUCCAGGGUAUGCUCUUUGGUUAUGGGCCCAGUGCUGAGGUCCAAUAACUAUCUACAGUGGUACCUCGAGUUACAAAUGCCUCAGGUUACAAACGCUUCAGGUUACAAACUCCGCUAACCUGGAAGAGUUACCUUGAGUUGAGAACUUUGCCCCAGGAUGAGAACGGAAAUCAUGUGCCGGCGGUGCAGCAGCAGCAAGAGCAAAAGCACACCUCUAGUUAAGAACAGUUUCAGGUUAAGAAUGGACCUCUGGAACGAAUUAAGUUUGUAACUAGAGGUACCACUGUACUUGUUGUUUAGUCGUGUCCAACUCUUCUUGACCCCAUGGACCAGAGCACGCAGGGUACUCCUGUCUUCCACUGCCUCCCACAGUUUGGUCAAACUCAAGUUGGUAGUUUCAAGAACACUGUCCAACCAUCUCGUCCCCUUUCGUCCCUUUCUCCUUGUGCCCUCAAUCUUUCCCAACAUCAGGGUCUUUUCCAGGGAGUCUUCUCUUCUCAUGAGGUGGCCAAAGUAUUGGAGCCUCAGCUUCACGAUCUGUCCUUCCAGUGAGCACUCAGGGCUGAUUUCCUUAAGAAUGGAGAGGUUUGAUCUUCUUGCAGUCCAUGGGACUAUCAAGAGUCUCCUCCAGCACCAUAAUUCAAAAGCGUCAAUUCUUCGGCAAUCAGCCUUCUUUAUGGUCCAGCUCUCACUUCCAUACAUCACAACUAUCUAUAGGCAAUACAAAAGAGUUAUGUGUCCAACAGAAAGAGUUAUCCAAGAAUGUUUCCUAGAAUUUUCUACAGGAUUUCCAAAACACAUUACCUUGAUGUGUUUCUGAAGAGAAAAACAACAACAGUCCCAUGGCGUAGCAAUUAAAAGAUGUAACCCUUUUUAAACAGCAUGAUUUUAUAAGCAUGUUUAUAUGCAUGAGGUAUUGUCACAGCUGCCUCUUUCAAGAUGGUUACAGCGGAAGGUUUUGGAUGACGGGAAAAUUUGAAAACCACUGGUCUUUGGGAAAUAUAUGGCUAUUGGAAGCAGAAAUGUUGGGCCACUUUACUAUUGAUUUUUUCCUUCAUAUGCCCUUAUCAUGGAUUGCAGAUCCAUGAGCUCUGUUCCCGUCGAAAAAGGAAAGAGAGAAAAUGUCUCAGAAAGGUUUUCAAUGUUGUUCCCCACAGAGCAGACUGAAAGCACAGGCCCUGCAGACAACGUUGCCUUGCUUCAUGAUGCUUUUGAGCAGUUUGUGAGGUUUUGUCGUUCGGAAAACAGAGUGCAUAACAUCGGUGUAUUGAGGCACGAAAAAGUUCAGAGGCUUCUGAACCUGCUGAAUUCAAUAAGAGGUAAAUAUGUUUCAUUCUCAGUGUCUGAUAUAUGCCAGGGACAUGUUUGAAUCAUUUCCAAAACACAAGGAUGGCUUGGAAACCAAGUAAAAUGUUUGCUAUAAAGACCAAUCCUCCACUGCUUAAUAUUUCUAGAACUUGAGCAUUCAUGUUGCUUCAUCUAAAUAGCCAAUUUUGGCAGUUGUUCAAGUCUUGCUGCCCCUUGCACCCCGCUACUAUAUGUAGGAAAUUAGCACACCGGGGGAUAUUUUACAUAGGAGCAAUUUGAAAUACAAUCCUCUGCUUGCUAUCUACUUGAACGUUCUGAAGGCUGAAUAUUUACUAAUCCAUUUUAACUGCUUUGUUUUCCUGUCCUGAUGUGCUCCAUAAAACCCCAAACUGACGGCUGCAUUCCUGAUGCAUGUCCACUUUCAGUCUUCAGAGGGAUCAGCAUAUCAGAUAGAAAGUCUUAAUUGCAAAGCAUUUAUAUUGUCCUCUAGGUGGCAAAAGUUGUUCAGUUGGAUAUUUUAAUGUGCUGUGUAAACUGAUUUUCUGUGAAAGGUAACCAACUGAGUCAAGGAACAUAGAGAAUUGUAUCGCAUCGUUGGAUUAACAAAAGAAAAGCACUUGUUGUCGGGGGGUGUAGCUCCUGCCUCACUUAGAAGCCUUUCAGUGCUUGCCAGAAAGUUUGAUGUACCCUAGUGCUAGUUUGUGAUCUACGGUUUGUAGCAAAUGGGAGACACCAAUGGAAUCUUUCUGAGAAACAAAAGGGAAACAAUGAUGUAUUUUCAUUGCCUUCUUCCUGUCUUAAAUAGAGAACUGAAACGUCACAUUGGCUAUUUUGCAGGUUUACGGGGAGUUCAGUUUUUUCUUCCCUAGGUUUGUAGCUUUUUUAAUAAUGCACAACUGUGUUAAGUGUUUUGAGGAGGUGCCCAUCUUUGUAUGUCAACGUAUUCAGUUGGCAUUUAAAUAAGAUAGAAGUUGUGACAUAUUACGGACAGAGCAAAAGGUGAAAGUGUUUUGGAUUUUUCUAGAACAACGAAAAAUUUCACCAUGUCUAAAUCAGAUUAGAAUUUCCAGUUUACAUCCAGGCCUCCUCAGAAAUAAGCCCCACUGGGUUUGAUUAGGUUUGAUUCAGUGAGUAUCUAGAAGAGAUACAUAGACCACUUGCCCCCCCCCCCCGGACUACUUUCCUGGAAAGCGGGUUAAAGUACCGUAUUUUUCGCUCUAUAGGACACACUUUUUUCCCUUCAAAAAUGAAGGGAAAAUGUGUGUGCGUCCUAUGGAGCGAAGACGCCAUAGCCCCGCGACCCUCUCCCGGCUGGAGAAGUGACGCGCGGCUAUUGAGGCUCUUGCCAUAGCCGCCCGUCACCUCUCCAGCCGGGAGAGCGCGCGCAGGGCUGCUGGACAGGUGACGGGCGGCUAUAGAAGCUCCUGCCAUAGCCGCCCGUCACCUCUCCAGCCGGGAGAGGGUCGCGGGGGGCUGCUUUAGCUAUGGCAAGAGCCUCUCCGCUGCGCCUUUCCGCUGCUCCCUGAACUGCUCUUUGGGGCUGGCGGUGGGCUUCCCCCCGCCAGCCCCAAAGAGCAGGUCGAAAGGAACCUGAAGCCUGGAGAGCGAGGGUCUCGCUCUCCAGGCUUCCAAGGUAGCCGCCUGAACGCACCUUAAACGGCACCUUGUUUUAGAGCGGGAAAACAAGAGGGGAAGUUCUCCCCUCUCUGCGCAGCGCCUCCUGCCACUUCGCUGAAGGGGCGCUGGGCAGAGAGGGGGAGAUUUUUUUUUUCUUGUUCUCCCCCCUCUAAAACAAAGUGCGUCCUAUUGUCCGGUGCGUCCUAUGGUGCGAAAAAUACGGUAAUUUGCAGUGGACUCUUGGGUUACGUUACCUUCGGGUUGCGAAUGCUGCAAACCCAGAAGUGUAUUCUUCAGGGUUUAGCCGCGCGUGCAUGCGCAGAAGCGGCGCCUCUACUUGCUGAUUUUUCGGGGUAUGUACGAACCCCUGGAACGAAUUACAUUCGUAUCCAGAGGGUCCACUGUACCUCUGUCUUUAAUGUGCUCCACAAACACAGCACACUGUACAUGCCAGCAGAAGCAUAACAGUUGGAGGGAAACUUCAAUACAACUAGGGAAAAAGCGGGUAAAAUGCUACCUCUUUUAAUUGUUCUGAAAACUACAUUAAAGGGAAGAAAAGGCAUUUUUAAAAGCUAGGAAAAAUAAGAAGGGAACAAAUGAGAAUGAAGGGACUUGGAUGGAAUGAAACCAUGGGGUGCAAUACACAUGCAAUAAUCAAAUCCGAAGUGCCAAGGAAUUUGUUUUUUUAGUCAAGUGUAUUUCAAAGAUCUUGUAACUUUGCUGGGCAUAAUGGCAGCCUUAUUUUGACUACUUUCAGAAAUUCCUGAAGAAAUAGUUUGUGACAUUCCUCCUGCGUGCGCCAGCAGCUUCAUAAAGCUGUUGCUGGAGAAGCAAAGGUGGCAUGAAGUUAUGCUGCUGCUGACCCGAAAAACCACAGGGAAUAUGACAUUGGGAGACGGCCUUAUUAAGAACUGCAAUCUGUCGGACGUUGACAUUGGCACUGUCUUGAAAGACAUGGACAGGUCAGAUGGGCGACGGCUGCAUCUCGUGAGAUGCUUGAUCCAGAGGGGAGGUGAGUAUUCACAGAAACCAGACUUUCUUUGAAGAUCUGAAUAUCUCUUCGUUCUUGAGUUAAACUAAUGCCAGUCUAUCUCUUCCGCCUUUUUUUUAAUAAAAAAUACAGUCGUACCUUGGAAGUCAAACGGAGUCUGUUCCGGAAGUCCGUUCGACUUCCAAAGCCUUUGAAAACCAAAGUGCAGCUUCUGAUUGGCUGCAGGAAGCUCCUGCAGCCAAUCAGAAGCCGUGGAACCCACAUCGGACGUUCAACUUCCAAAAGAACGUUCGAAAACCGGAACAGUCACUUCCAGGUUUCGAUCGUUCAGGAGCCAAAACGUUCGAGAACUAGGCUGUCUGAAAACCAAGGUACGACUGUAACUACAAAUAGCUUUUUGUGCCUGCUGAACUAUGGCGUGGAAAAGCUGUGGUAUUGUGUUGCAUAAUAAGAUGGCGCUUUAUGUGAGCAGAGGGUGACCAAGCAAAAUUGGUGGCAGAGGCUUGGUGGUGUAGGAUACAAUCAAGCAAUAUUGAAUUGUGACGCUAUGAGUUGCUUUGGUACUGCUAGCUCAGUUGCAAGCUUGAUGUACCCAUCCUUGGGUUUAACUUGAUUGUAGAUGGCUGCAGGAACAUUAAGAAGCUAGGAAUUACUGUGGUACAGAGCGCUAAGAUCCACAGUGCCCCCAUGGAAAUAAACUUUGCUUUUGAGCUGUUUUGAGAAAGAAACAGAGAAACAGAACCCUUGUAUAAAGGAGAAUAAAGGGGGAAGGGGGGGGAACCCAAAACUGUAUAUUUUGCAAAGUUGUUACAGUGGUAUCUCAGGUUCCAUACGCUUCAGGUUACAGACUCCGCUAACCCAGAAAUCGUGCUUCAGGUUAAGAACUUUGCUUCAGGAUGAGAACAAAAAUCGGGCUCCGGCGGCACGGCAGCAGCGGGAAGCCCCAUUAGCUAAAGUGGUGCUUCAGGUUAAGAACAGUUUCAGGUUAAGUACAGACCUCCGGAACGAAUUAAGUACUUAACCUGAGGUACCACUGUAUUGUACUUCACCAGAUCUUAACCUAUUACAGUAUUUGUAAGAGUGGAUUCCAAACAGCAUUGAAUCUGGCCAUGGCAAGUCUGCGUUUAUAUGCAAGUUGUUCAUAUGUUGCGAGUUUGUGUAAGUCUUCAAUCCAAUCGUAGAAGGGAGCCGCAUUUUUAUUAAGCCUGCCUUAAGCUUAAGAGAGAGGCUCCCAUUAUGCCUUCCUUACCUCUGUCCUGUUUAUCAUGGGGCUGCGCUUUGAAAGCUGCCCUUUCAUCUCAUCCUCCCCCUCCAACCUAAACACUAGUAGACAAAGGGCAGCUUGCAUACAGUCACAGCGAAAUCCUUGUUGUUAAUCUCACAAGCUUCUGUGGAUGCAUUGUGCCUUUUCUAGAACUGUUGAAAUUUAGCUGCUGUUUCCCCCAAUCCCCGGUAGCAUGCGCUUGUAAUGUUGGUAUUUGUAAUAUCAUUUCCCAAAGCGUCACCUGAGGGGAGUAGAGCAAGCCAUGAAAAACCACUUCAGAAAUGUUUAAAGAGCAAUGAUUUUGAGCUGGCAUGUGUUCUCCUGAGCUCGGGUGCAAAUCCACACCAUAUAUCCAUGGCAGAAGGCGAUACCCCUUUACAUGCUGCGUUGUCCAUUUAUUUUGAUAAGAAAGGUAAGGACUUUGACUUGGUAUUUUUGUGGGUGGUGGUUUAUUGAAAUAGUUUAUAACCUUCAUCAACCAUGUUGACGGCAGCUUCUCCUGCCAUCCUCUCACCAUUGCAAAGUCAGUGGCAUGGUUUGCAAAACCACCAGGAAGGGGAUGGGAAUGUUCCAUAGCUCAGUGUAGAGUCCAUAUUAAUUUAUUUAUUAUUCCAAUUAUAUUCCACCUUUCAUCCAGCCGGAAACCCAGCCAGAUGGGCAGGUACAAAUAAUAAAUUAUUAUUGUUGUUGUUGUUGUUUGAGGAGCUCCUGGAGGCAUGAACAGUUCUCCCUCCCCAUUUUUAUCCUCACAAUGACCCUGUGGAGACCCUGUGGGGACCCUGUGGAGAGCCAGUAUGGUGUAGUGGUUAAGAGCAGUAGACUUGUAAUCUGGGGAACCGGGUUUGCGUCUCCGCUCCUCCACAUGCAGCUGCUGGGUGACCUUGGGCCAGUCACACUUCUUGAAGUCUCUCAGCCCCACUCACCUCACAGAGUGUUGUGGGGGAGGAAGGGAAAGGAGAAUGUUAGCCGCUUUGAGACUCCUUCGGGUAGUGAUAAAGCGGGAUAUCAUAUCCAAACUCCAAACUCUGGGCAGGAGAUUAAGCUGAGAGGCAGUGGCUGGCCCAAGGUCAUCAGUGAGCUGUAUGGCUGAGCCAAGGAUCUGAACCCUGGUUUCCUAGGUCUUUGUCCUCUAACCACUGCCCCCCAUGAUUUCUGCUCAGAAGAAUUGUGGGCAGCAAAUCGUAAGAAGAAUCUUUGCCAAAGAACCCAGAGAGUUUGCUGCCAGUUGAAAUGGGCAACUUGGGGUUCCAUGAACAAAUGAAACCACCUACAUCAUGUGUAAUAUUCGUUAGUUCUUUCAAAUAUCAAAGAACACAGCGUGGCACUUUUUAUUCUCCUUUCUGUCCUGUCUUAGAGAGCUACCUCAUUUGGAAGCUUUACCUGAACAAUUAAGUAUAAGAUUCAACAGAGCCGAGAGAUUUAGUCAAGUUAAUUAGGAACAAAUGAACCAUUGCAUUGUAUGGAGAAUCUAUAUGCUGGUGAUGACAGAUGGGAGUAAAAUGGGGACAACCUGUAUGCAGAGUGCAGCUCUUGAAGCACCCUUUUUAUUCUUCCACUCCCCACCCCCUUCCGAAAAGGAAUAAAUAUUCCUUAAGGUGGGUCAAAAGGAUUAAAAAGAAAAGUCACCUAACACUCCCUAGAUCAAGAGAUUGCAGAACUCUGAACUUGUUCCAAGGCGGUGGAGAAUUCCUUCUACUUGGAAUGAAAUAUCUGCCCUCCAUAGGUUUCUCUCAGGCCAGUAAAUUUUUAUUGUUUCUGGUAGGCAGCAUCUCAUUAGAAGUAAGUUAACUUGAAGGAUGGAAACAGAGAUGGUUAUGAACCACUUUGAGCAUUGUACAGUAUGGAUAAAAAGGAUCAACUUUAAUGUAAAAUGUUACUGUGGCUUGUGCGAAUGGAAAUACAAAACUUAAUUUUGUAUAUUUUUGUUUUCUCUCUCUCUCUAGACGAGAAUGGCUUACAUUUAUUGAGUCACCUUCUAGAACUGUACGAUUCAGAUCCAUCCAGAUUUUCGUAUCUUAGUCCCAAUAGGCGAGACAAGAAUGGGGACACAGUCAUGCACAUUAUUUUUCAGAAAAACCUAACAAAGCCUGUUAAGAAAAUGUUGGGCUUGCUUGCAAAGUUUGAAAUUAACUUGAAUUUAAAAAAUAAAUCUGGCAGAGAUGUGCGUCACAGAAUAAAAAAGACCGAUCCGAUGCUUAUAGCUUGGAAUGAAGCUGUGGCUGAGAACAAGAAGAGGUCCCGACAUGACGCAGCAGGACAUCAAACUAAAAUACCAAAAUCCACUUCGGCUUGCGGCAAGUCAGAGCCGCAAAAUUCAACCCAUUCUUCAGCUGCACAGUCAUCCAAAAUUCCGCCUGAAGAACUGCCGUCAGACACAGAACGUAAUCUAUGUGAAGAGGAAGAGGCAGAAGUUGCUGGAGUUCAAAGCUCAUCUUUCAGAGAUACCAAUAAGCCAUUGACUCUGCGAGAUUGCCUUGUACAAGCAAUCAUACAGUUAAUCCAAAAACUCGCACUGAAUGAAGUCUCAACAAAAGAUAACUCAGUGGCAUCCCAAGUACCAAAGCAGCCACCUUCCAUGACUAGGAUUGUAGAUGACAAGAGUGAAUAUCGGCAGGCGUGUGCCCAUGAGGCUUAUAAUGCUUGCCCAGACCAAGAUGAAUUGGGGGAGAAGGUGCAGAAUGAGCUUGAGGAGGCCAAAGCAGAAGAGGAAGAAGAUGCCGAAGUCAAUCGACAGCUUCAGGAAAUUGAGAUGUGCCCUCAGGACUUUGAUAAUAUGACAUGGGAAAUUGAAUGCACCUCUGAGGUGCUUAAGAAAUUAGGAGACAAAAGCUUCCCUCACCGUAUGAAGAAGAAAGUAGUAUUGGCAAUUCAGCAGCUAGGAAACGGUGAAUGGACUCAAGGUUUACAAAAGAGGCUGAAACAUUUGAAAGGUGACAUUCGGCUCUACGAGGCAAAGUUGGACAAAGGGGCCAGGCUGCUUUGGGAGCUUGCCAUAGACUUUUCUCCUCGCUGUAGCGAGGCUGCGGAAAAGAUAAUAGAGAAUGAGAAUUCCACACAUCCCACAGAAAAAACUGGGAGGGUUUACACAGAAAUCAUCAGGAUAUGGGACAUUGUGCUUGAUCACUGCAAACUCAACCGAGCCAUUGACCGUGCUAUCGACCGUGCUGUUGAUCUUGCUGCUGACCGUGCCGCUGUUGACCUUGCUGUUGAAAAGAUAUGUAAAGCAUACAAUCGUGGGCUGUCCUGUAUUUUGAGGAAAAAGCUUAAAGGUAUCAACGCAACUCCGAUUUCUUCUAACUUGAAUAUACAAAAGCGCAUUCCUCGCAUAUAUGUUGAAGAUACUAAGCCAGAAAAGUUAAAAGAUCAUGUCCUGCCUGAAUACUUUCCCCCAGCUAGUGCGGUGGAAACGGAAUACAACAUAAUGAAAUUUCACAGUUUCAGUACUAACAUGGCACUUAAUAUCAUCAGUGACAUGACCACUGCUGUUGAAUACCCCUUCAGAGUGGGCGAGUUGGAAUACGCAGUCAUUGACUUGAACCCCAGACCGUUGGAGCCAAUCAUCUUAAUUGGACGGAGCGGAACUGGGAAGACUACUUGUUGCUUGUACAGGCUUUGGAAAAAGUUUUAUUCUUACUGGGAGAAAGCAGAGUUGGCAGGAGGUCCCUUGCUAGUCAGACAGAUGUGGCACAGAUUGAAAUUUAAUAUGCAUUUUGAAAACAGCACUGAGGAGGAAGAUAGUGAAAAGCAAGAUGGCAGCGACCCCACUGAUUCAUCUGAACUGGAAACUUCUCUAAGUACAGAUGAGCAAGAGCUGGAUGAAGAUGAACAGGGUUCAAAUCUAGGAGACCCAGAAAUGAAUUUACGGUAUGACUCUGAUGAGGAACAUGCCGAAGAAGAAACUGACAAACUGGAACACUUGCAUCAGAUCUUUGUUACCAAAAACCAUGUUCUGUGCCAAGAAGUUCAGAGGAACUUCAUAGAGCUUAGCAAGUCUUCAAAGGCAACUAGUCAUUUCAAGCCCCUUGAACCAAAUGUUCACCGACUUCAGGAUGUUAAAGACGAAAACUUUCCUCUCUUCCUCACAUCCAGGCAAUUGCUGCUCCUCCUUGAUGCCUCUAUGCCUGAACCAUUUUUUCUGAGAAAUGAAGACGGAAGUCUUAAGCGCACCAUUGCUGGAUGGUCUACUAAAGAAGAUCUCGCCAUCUCAAAUUGGCAGGAGGAAGAGGAAGACGUUGACGUAGAUUAUGAUGAGGAUGAAAAGGUUGCAGAAGUCCAUAUUAGAGAGAGUGAUCCUCGAGUCUUUGUGACUUAUGGUAUAUUUGCGAAUGAAAUCUGGCCCAAAAUGGUAAAAGGCAAAUGUCCCUACAACCCAGCCUUAGUUUGGAAAGAAAUAAAAUCUUUCUUGAAAGGGUCUUUUGAGGCUUUAAGCAGCCACCAAGGCAUACUUACAGAAGAGGAAUACAAAAAACUAGGACGGAAGAGGUCCCCAAACUUCAAAGAAGACCGUAGUGAAAUUUAUCAGCUCUUCAGCCUUUACCAACAAAUAAGAUCACAAGGAAAUUAUUUUGAUGAAGAAGAUGUCUUGCACAAAUUGUCUCAAAGACUCUUAAAGCUCAGUGAUCUACCAUGGUGCAUCCAUGAGCUUUAUGGGGACGAAAUUCAGGAUUUCACCCAGGCAGAGCUAGCAUUGUUAAUGAAAUGCAUUGAUGACCCGAAUGCGAUGUUCCUGACUGGCGACACAGCACAGAGCAUUAUGCAAGGAGUUGCUUUUCGUUUCAGUGACUUGAAAUCACUUUUCCACUAUGCCAGCAAAAGCUCUGCUGACAAGAAACAGAGUAUUGUUAGAAAACCAAAAAGGAUAUACCAGCUUUAUCAGAACUACAGGUCUCAUUCAGGUAUCAAAAUCUUAAAUCUAUAUACAUACAUUACAUGGGGUGGGCUGAGGAGACAGAGGUUUAAAAGAGAGGAUAGCUGUACUCCAUUAAGCUAAAGUUCCUUUAAAGUAUUCAGGUUGAACAACCUAGAACAGUGGUUCCCAAUUGGUGGUCUGUGGACCCCAAGGGGUUUGUAUAAGCCACCCAGAGGGUCUGUGACACCAUUCACAUAACAAAAACUUCCAUAAAAAUAUCAUCAUUUUUAAAAGUAGGGGGUUCAUGGCUUGGCUUUUGAAAAACAGGGUCCACUGUACUUAGCUAACUGAGAACCACUGAUCUAGAAUGAAAACGAUAAUUUCCAGGCUGAAUGAGAAUUUAUUUUAGCUUGUACAGAUAUCCUCUGCAGUCUUAUACUGAAGCACUGCUUUACAGAGGAUUUUCCUGUAAUUCUGCCAUUUGACCGGUGUGAUUUCUCUUACCCAUCUUUGCAACAGUUCUCUGAUUCAGGCUUCUGAUUAUGGCAUCUCUUGAACGGAGAAAAGCGGUGGAGAAUCAUUGCUCCCAGUAAAGCCAUUGCUGAUCUGGAAGUUGGCCCCAGUCCAAGAUCACAUGGACAACAUGCAUUUAAAACACUAUUUUAAUAGUCAUGGAGAAUCCUGAGGACUAUAGGUUUGUUUUUUUAAGGGUGCUGACAUCACAGAGCAACAGUUGCCAGCACCCUUAACAAUCUUAACAAAGAUUAUCCAUGACUGUUGAAGUAGUAUAAUAGUGUUUUAAAUGUAUGGCAUAGAUGUAACCCAAAUCAAUCCCACAUGACUUUUCGCAGAACUGUUGAGGCUUUUGGUGACUGAUUCUCAUAGCUGCUGCUGCUGCUGUGCAGGAUUUGGCACUGGCACCAGCUUGGGUUGGUUCCUAUGGGUCUAAAGCGGUGAUUCUGUGAUACCCACUUCUGUGCACCUUUCUGAUGAACAUGAGUUUAUCAGAUAUGUGGAAGGAGGAUAUAUGAUUCGACCAUGUUCUGCCCUUCUCUGUCCCCUCAUGUGGUCACCCUCAAUGAAGCAGCCUUUAAACCAUAGCUGUAAAACAGCUUUGUGACCCAGCUGCGGUUUUGAGCUAGGCAUUUGCUAACUUUUCAAGAUUAAUAUUGUCCUUUCAGUUACCCUUUUAUUUUGUUUCCCACCCGAGAGACAAAUUUAAUAGGUCAAUUCUACCUGCUCAUUAUCAUUUGCAGGUAUUCUCCACUUGGCCUCGGGAGUUGUUGACUUGCUUCAGUACUAUUUCCCAGAAUCCUUUGAUCGUCUUCCUAGGGAUUCAGGCCUCUUUGAUGGGCCCAAACCCACCGUCUUGGAAUCUUGCAGUGUUAGCGAUCUGGCAAUUCUUCUGAGAGGCAACAAAAGAAAAACACAGCCAAUAGAGUUUGGAGCGCAUCAGGUAGGCUUUUCUCAGCAUAUAAUGUUCUGUACCAGAACAGAACGUUGCUGUUUUCGCUAUUGUAAAUGACAGUGUGCUGUCUUGAGUUCUUUGAACAGCUUUUCAGAAUGUUAAUAAAACUAAGCAUGUCUGUAGUAAUUGAGAAGACCACUUGUUUUUCUUGUUUAUUUGUUUGAGAGCAUCAGAAUACAUUGCACUUGUAAAUUAUGGGCACCAGGUCUGAAUCUUCAAGAAAAGUCCACAGCCCUAAUUUCAGAUGGAGGUGUGGAAACUGUUCCUGGAUAACUACGAUAACCUAGGCACCUAAAUGAGGCCAUUCUUCUCAGUGAUAGGAUCUGUCUAGGCUUAUCAAUCACCAGAAUCUGAAGACCUAGAUUCAACUUCAGGCAACUUUCUACUUAUUGUAUUAUUUUCAUGGGUUGCUGUGGUUUUGGUGAUCUAAUGUCUCCCAUUCUGAUUGUAGGUGAUUCUUGUAGCAAAUGAAAUAGCAAAGGAAAAGAUCCCCGAGGAACUUAGUUUAGCUCUUGUGCUAACAAUUUACGAAGCAAAAGGCUUGGAAUUUGAUGAUGUGCUCCUUUACAACUUUUUCACAGAUUCAGAGGUAUGUAAAAAUAGAGAUGGAGAGAGAGAGAGAGACUGGAUAUCAUUCAUUUCUCUUUAGGGGAGAACUGAACAACUCAAAUAGGCUAGGUUGAGUUGUCAUCCUUUGUUCCUGCUAAUAACGAUAAGUUCUUUUAUCUGCUGGUUUGAUUUCCAUCACAUGUUCUUGUUUGUACUAAAUGUUGUUUUUUGCAAUAUCAGCACAUCUUAAUUUACAGAAUAUAUUCAGGACCAGUGAAGACAUUGACCCCAAGUAAAUUGUUUUGGGAACACUUGACAAACGAGUUCCACUUAGCUUAUAGCUGGAGUCAUUUUCAUAUCUGGUAUUAGAUAAGGGAUUUUUGCCCGUGAUAGAGGGUUUCUUUGUUUCCUUGCACUGUGUGCUUUUGCUCACUGAUUUGAAGAUUGUUUUGCUUUCUGAGGUUGACUUCAAACACGAGUAAAAUUGAAAACUUGGUUACAGCUUUCCGGGUGCAGUAGUGCUAUUAUAGCUAUGGUUUUUUGUCUCCCCCCCGCUUAGGCUUACAAAGAAUGGAAAAUAAUUUCUUCUUUCAAACCUCCCUCUCCUUUACCUGAAGAAACCAAAAUGGUCAUUGAAACGCCCUUGGAGAAAGUUGCUGAUGUUCAAGGAAAACUUCCUGUUCUGAAUCCAGAAAUGUACAAGGUGAUUCCAAAAUAAAAUCAGAAGCAAUCAUCAUGUCCCUAUUUUUGAACCUAUUUUUAAAUAAGUAAUUGUUUCCGUUGAAUAAAUAAAGAAUACAUAGGAAUCUCUAAAUAGUUGACAUCCCAAUCUUUGAGGACUAACCGAAAAUAUUGCAUUGUAAUGCAUUUUUAAUCUUUCAUCCAUUAUCAUAAAUUGGAUACUAAUUGUGCUUAUAAAAUUACAUUCCAAGCUUCACUUAAGUAUCUUAGCGUCCAAGAGAACUACAACAUUACAAUAUAUUGCCCUUCUUUCCUGGGCAGGCAAGUUAAUAUGUGAACUUGAAGCCCAUAAUGAGGUUUUGGACAUGCACACCAAAUUACCUGCUGAUUUCUCAGACUUGUGGGAAAAUAAUUGUAUUAUAAACAAGCAGUGAAUUCCAAACAGGUGAGUUUAAACCAAAGGCCACACUUGACUUGGCAGUCUAAUGGCAUGUUAGGUUGCACUAGUAAAUUUAUUUUAAUUUCUGUGUCUUCAAACAUGAUGUCGUAGAGUUUGAUGUCUCUUGAUGAAACAUUAGUCCAAAUGUAUUUAGCUGCAUCACUGCUCUUUAUGAUAGUCUUUUGCACAUAUCAACAUUGUAUUCCUAGAUGCUUAAUGGAGAGCUAAAGCAGUUAUAUACUGCUAUUACAAGGGCCAGAGUCAAUCUGUGGAUAUUUGACGAAAACAGUGACCGGCGUGCACCUGCAUUUCGAUAUUUCAUCAAGCGAGAACUCGUUCAGGUUGUCAAAACAGAGGAAGAUAAAGGUAAGUGCAAAAUUCUGCAAACUAGACUGUCUCAUAAUCAACAUUUGAUUUUAGCACAGAAGGUGCAAAUAAUUAAGGAAGGAGAAAUUUAUGCUUAAAUGUUUUUUAUCGCCUACAUUUUAGGAAAUUCCCAAUGACUUCAGUAAUGUUAGGGCUAGUUUAAUGAGCUUAAAAACAGCCUUCCUGUUUUUAACUGCAGUAUCCAUCCGCCCCAACCAGUAUGGCCAAAGGUCAGGGAUGAUGGCAGUUGUAAUUCUACAACAUUUGGCAGACACCAGGUUGGGGAAGUCUGACUUAAAAAGAUCUGUGUCUAAUAUAUCUCUGGUUUCUUCUUAUCUCUGUCUCUUCAAGAGUGCCUUGGAACCAACUCACAGCUGACUGCAACAUACUAGGAAAGCAUUGGCUAAGGCUGUCACAUAUCCAAGAACAUUUAUAUCUGUGGUCAACAGUUAGCUUUGUCAGAGGGCCAUUUUGAGAAGGGGAUGUGAGUUGGGGAACCAACCUCCCAUUUUCUCCACCCCAAAGCAGGCUUACAGUCGAGAGAACUGCUCAGAUGACUGAAUUAAAAGUGAGCUGAGUUGAUGUCACAAGAAUUUUAACAGUGCAACAAUUCCUUCCAUCCUUGUUUUCCCUCCUAGAUUUUGAUGACAGCAUGUUUGUUAAAACCUCAACUCCAGAAGAAUGGAUUGCGCAAGGAGAAUAUUAUGCAAAGCAUCAGUGCUGGAAGGUAAAUUCACAGACUUGCUUAAAAGGGAGGGCAUUUUAGGAAAAAUACAGUAACUCUGGCAAUGAAUCAUAGAAGUGAAAUUGCAAACAAACAAACAAACAAACAAACAAACAACAAUACAGAUUAGAAUUAUGCUAUGCUGUGUACCUGUAGAGCUUUAUGGAGGGCAGGCUUCUGCUAGGGUGGGGCAGAACCUCAUUUAAUUGAGUAUUUUUUAAAUGCUUUUCAGUAAUUUUGCAGAUGAGGCAUGGCAAAAUGCCAUGGAUGUGGCCCCUCUUAAUUCACAACUCGGGAACACACCUGCAAAUCCUGUUGAGUCACUGUGUUUAAGUCUGUAUGCCCUGUUGAUGUUUGCUGUACUUAAAAUAGUGUUUUUUUUCUUUUUUGCAGUGCAACACAAAGGCUUGUUUUUGUUGCUUUCAUUGGUAAAGUGUCACUCAGUGAAAACUAUAUAGCAAGUAGACCGAUAAUUGUGGAACUAAUUUCACAUUUUGUCUUUGUUGUCAUGUACCAGUGUGUCAUAACUGAAUUGGCACAAUUUUGAGAAAUGCUUAAGAAUUAAGUCUCGAUCCAGUGCUGCUUUUGUUUUUUAACCCAGUAGUUUAAUUAACCAAAUGCUAUAGAGCAUGCUUAACUUGUUUUGGGUUACCUUUGGUACACUUGAAAUAUUGGGUGUGCUUUUCUGUAUAUAUUUGUUAAUAUAGAAAAGCAGUGUGUUUUGUAACUGUUUUCUUUUUGGUUUGCAAUUUGGAUUUUAUAUUAAGAAUUUUAUUUUUAACCAAUAUCCUUGAGAGGUUUGCAUGUACAUUUAGGAAUGGAUCCAGAUAUGCUUUUCCAGAUGCAGAAAGCAGCUUAUGCUUAUGGAAGGGCAAGGGUUACAGAGUUGUGUGCAAAGAAAUGAAACUAAAUUCAAAGAUGCUGUUCUUCUUUGCUGUAGAAGCCUGCCCUGCUACAUAAAGCACCGAGUGAACUCCAAAUCAAGCUGUUGUGCCAACGUUUGUGGAACAGGGCUUGUUGCUAUUUUCCUUCCAUUUACACUUCUUUGGAUCCAACUCUGUCGUAGUUUGUUGCUCAAUUUCUUUGCACACACACUAAUUGCAUGUUGCAAUUUACAGCUUAAGCCUUAAGCCAAGGUUGGGCAAAUGUUUGGGUUGAGAGUGAAGCAGAUGGCCUCAGAAUAUGGUGGACUAUCUUUCCUUAGAGGUUUUUAAGUAGAGACUGGAUGGCCACCUCUCAUGGAUGCUGUAGCAGCAGUGGCUCUUGAAUCGUGGGAUGAGCCAAAUGACCUUUCAAAUCCUUUCUCAACUCUGAUUCUGCAUCUUUCUGCAGUUUAUGAUUAACGUGAAGUUCACUGCUGCAAGAUGUGAAGAGCGAUACCUGCUUAGUGUUGGAAUUCCGUUUCCCCGUUGUGCAGAUAUGUGGGAUUGUUUCAUCACAUGUCUGUGUUUACAUUCCAUCACUGAUGGAGUCAUGGGAGCGGAUGUUGUUUUUACACUGUUCCGCUCUGUUGUACUGUUGUAUUCCUUCUCUCCGAGGAAGAAGAGAGAGAGAGGAGCCUUGGUUUCCUUUGUCCUGAUUUGUAUAUAAUAAAAGUAGCUUAGUACUCACACCUCAAGCCUAGCUCUGCUGUUAUUGACUCUGCUAAGGCAAUAUGUGCUCAUCGUCUCAAGACAUGAGUCACGGAAGCACGUCGGGGAAGUAGGUUGAUGGAUCUCCUGAGCAGCACGAAGAAGGGAGAGAUGGGCUGGCAUGUAUAUGUCAUUUGCCAGGGGGUCUGUCCUGCCUCCCGGCGACCCCCCAACACAGAUGGUUUUCAACAGAUAAUUCAUGGAUGGAAGGUCUAUCUGCGGCUAUUUGCUAUGAUGACUAGAUGGAAGCUCCAUGUUGAGUUUUGUUUUGGGGAUGGGCAGCAACAGUGAAGAAGGACAACGAUCCACUUGUGGGCUUCCUACAAGCAUCUGUUCGGGCACUCUGUGAAGCCCUCUAGGAGCGCUGCUUUUUGGAGAAGCAUUGAUAUCUCAAAUAGCGGCAGGUCAAGAUACUGUUACAGGCACAGGAGCAAGAGAUGAUUUAAAAAACAACAACACACCCAACAAUUAGCAAGCCUGCCUGGUCUGUUGUCUGCCAUUCAAAUAAGUGGGUAGCACUGCUCCUCUGUGAAACAACCAGCGCUCUGGAUAAAUAUUGCUUUCCUGUUUCAGGUGGCUGCUAAAUGCUAUCAAAAAGGAGGAGCAACCGAGAAGGAAAAACUAGCCUUGGCACAUGACGCUGUGCUUAAAGUACAGUCAAAGAAAAUGAACCCCAGGUAAGUGUCUUCUAAAUGUAAAAAACAUAAAUCUGUUUGAAUGUUUUUGGUUAAAAGUCGGUUGAUGCAUCACCAUAAACGCUGGUUUACAGCAAACCCUGCCCUCCCCCAACUUAAGCACAUAGAAGCAGCAAACCAUAAUCCAGGCAUAGGCAAACUCGGCCCUCCAGAUGUUUUGGGACUACAACUCCCAUCAUCCCUAGCUAACAGGACCAGUGGUCAGGGAUGAUGGGAAUUGUAGUCCCAAAACAUCUGGAGGGCUGAGUUUACCUAUGCCUGCCAUAAUCCUUGGUUUAAUGUUAAUUUGAACCAGAGAUUGGUUGUUUCAUUUUGGUCCAAGCAAACCAUUAUUUGCAGCUCAGGGAUCAGUCUUGCUUUGUUCUUUGAACUUGCUAGUAGAGAGUCACAAGAACAAUCUGCGUAUUCGUGGUAAAUCAUUAUUUGUGGCUUGCUGUGACUUGUGAAUUGGCAUGGCGGUGAUAGGGAAUCUGUGGCAGUUUUAUGCUUCCUAUCUUAGAUGCUAUAAAAAGUAAAUAUCUUGCCUUCCUCUAGGGUGCACACCCAGCUCUUUAGGAUGCUACUACCACCUCUGCUUCCUACAAUUAUCAUUCCACAUACUUUCUCCGUCAGACUCUCUCCUGACUGGCCUUUCCAUAUCUAGAGCUUCCUUUUAAAGCCAAUGGAACAAAUUUGGCAUAACUACUUUACUCCUUUUUGCUUCCAGUUGUGAUGGAUGUAACAUAGACCAUGGCUUGAUUCAAAAAGAAGACUUGAGGUCCCUUUUAGAGCAGUGAAGUCACUGUUUAUUAUAUUUCUUUCCUGCAUGAAGAGCGCGUGUUGGAAUCUGUUUCUGUCUCAGCUUGUUAAUGUUUUAAAAUAGCUAAUGGAAUGAAAUACCUUGAAUCAAUUGGCUGCCUAUUUUUCAAAAUGUGAUUGCUUUGUUUUAUUUCUCUCUCUAUAUAUAUAUAAACAGAGAGAAGCAAAUGGAAUAUAUGGAACUGGCUAAAACUUAUCUAGAAUGUGAUGAACCAAAUUUGGCUCUCAAAUGUCUAAUCCAUGCCAAAGAGUACCAGCUUUGUGCACAACUUUAUGAAAAAUUAGGAAAGGUAAAUGUGGUUUCCCCACUUCUUUAUCUUUCAUUUUCCAGUUUUUUUGGGGGGGCUCUUUAGCAUUUCACUAUGGGAGAGUAAGAAAUCCAAGUUGAUUUAUCUCUGCUCAUCAAAGCAUUGCAUUGAGAGCUAUUUUAACAGUUAAUGGAAGUGACAUUUGACUCAGGAGAGCUGUUUGGGUCAGUAUAUUUUAUCCCACAGCUACUCUGCAUGCAAAAGGUUUCUUAUUUCAUAUUUUCUGUUGUUCAUAUUCCUUCACUUUUGCAUAGUCGGUAGGCAGAUAUGAAAGCUAGCUUGGUGCACACCCGGUUGCCCCUACAGAAUAUGUGUGUUGUGUGGAUAUAGGUGUAUGAAGCCUUAAUUUUACCUAAGUGGGUGAGACUUAAUAGAGGUCAGCCAUGGAGAAGCAGAUGGUUGGGCGGUGGGAGAGAGAGUGUCUGGAAAGUCUAGGAACUAGUAAAUAUUUUAAGCUGACCCUUGUGUUGUUGUGUGGUGAGGACAGACAAAUCAAUUUCCUUUCUAUUGUGAGAGGUGUUAAAAGGGAGAAAUUUGUCACACACGCAUGCACCUGAUUUGAUUUUUCUUUACAUUUGUCGUGGUAGACUUGGUGACUUGCUGCUGAAUGUGUAUUUAUUCACUUGAAAUAUGUGGUGCUUGAGUGAACUCCAGGUGAUAACUAAACUCCUAUCUGAUGUUUGAUGAUAGCCUAUUAGCAUAAGCAAGUUGUUUCAUCUUGCAGUCAGUCUAGCCCUAUUUGCUAGAAUUAGAGAGGUAUUGCCAGCUAUUGCAUGCUUGAUGUAAGCAUCCAUGUGGUGUCAUCAUCGUACAGGUGA